AUGCCGACCACCCCUUCCCCCUACGCCCACCCACCAGCUUGCCUGCCCUCUUCCUCUACCACACCACCCGCCCCACCCUGUUUCCCAUACCCCUCCCCGCCAUGCUCCCCAGGCUCUGGGGUGAAGGGGGUUGGCGGGGCCGGGGGGGUUAUCCUGCGCUCUCCGGCCACCCGUCACCUCACCCACCUGGACCCCUGGAGGAGACACAGCUGGGAGCCCGGGGCUAUCAUUACGGUGCAGCAGAAGGGGACGGAACCCAGCGACAACCGCAGGUAGGGGGUGCAAUAAACAUACAAUUCUAUACGGGAAUCCUUAUGUUCACAUUUUAUCAAUUUACAAUACAAUCUUUCUUGAUCUAUUAUACAGUACCCAGUCCCACCACACAACUACAAUAUAGCUUUAAUAGACAUUCUUAUCCACACACUCUUAAAUCACAUGUUCACACCCAAAAAUACAGUCAAAUCUAUCAACAUCAGUGCAUGGUUUAUUUGAAAACCGUAUUCAUGUGGCUCUCAGGCAGUCCCUCCAGGAUUUAGCUGGGAUUUUUUGUGAUAUUUGAAGGCAAAAAUGCUUGAUUUUACUGCAGCAAUUCUGACAUUUUGCAUGGCAAUAUGCAAUGAUUUUGUCCAAUUUGAUGCAAAAAUGCUCUGACGAGGGAAAAGAUUUGUUGACGUGUGGCACGAUUGAGCCAAACUAUACAGUAAAUGUGCAGUGAUUGGUUGAAAAUGUUUGCAAUCACGGAAUCCUGGAGGGACUGCACAAUGCUCACUAAUAGUUAACCACCUACUCACUCUCUCUUUAAAGGAAAACUCCACCAGAAAACUAUCUUUUAGUAUUUAUUACAUUAGUCCAUUGUUGACAUAGUCCAAAAAGGUUUUGCUUGUCAACAAUCAAGUUUUCAAAUAUGGAACUUUCAAAAUACAGAAAUCAUCCCCUCAUGAUGAAAGUUUGAGACUGUCAACAAUGGACUAAUGAAACAAAUGCCAAAAGAUAGUUAUUGGGUUGAAUUGACCUUGAAUGCCUUUUUAGUUAAUGAGACUGUCUUUAUGUCUCAUUUAUCACAUGAUUUACCUGACAAUAGCACAUUUCCGUGAACGUUAGGUACAAGGUAAAUCAUUUUAUUUCGCACAAGCCUUGGUGAAAGCUUGUUGAUAUGACUGGUAAAAAGCUAAGAGUUGGUUAAACAGUGGUUUAUCCAACAACGGCCCUGUCUUGAAGAGAAUUGGGAGUGUUCAGUGUGUCCACAUUGUGUCCAGAUUCACACACAUACAGUGCAUUAGGAAAGUAUUCAGACCCCUCCAUUUUGUUACAUUACAGCCUUAUUCUAAAAUUUAUUAAAUAGUUUUUUUCCCUCAAUCUACACACAAUACCCCAUAAUUUUAGCACAUUUCUAACAAAUAAAAAACUAUCACAUUUACGUAAGUAUUCAGACCCUUUACUCAGUACUUUGUUGAAGCACCUUUGGCAGCGAUUAUAGCCUUGAGUCUUCUUGGGUACGACGCUACAAGCUUGGCACUCCUGUAUUUGUGGAGUUUCUACCAUUCUUCUCUGCAGAUCCUCCCAAGCUCUGUCAGGUUGGAUGGGGAGCGUCGCUGCAUAGCUAUUUUCAGGUCUCUCCAGAGAUGUUCGAUCGGGUUCAAGUCCGGGCUCUCGCUGGGCCACUCAAGGACAUUCAGAGACUUGUCCCGAAGCCACUCCUGCUUUGUCUUGGCUGUGUGCUUAGGGUCGUGGUCCUGUUGGAAUGUGAACCUUCGCCCCAGUCUGAGGUCCUGAGCACUCUGGAGCAGGUUUUCAUUAAGGAUUUCUCUGUACUUUACUGCGUUCAUCUUUCCCUCGAUCCUGACUAGUCUCCCAGUCCCUGCCGCUGAAAAACAUCCCCACAGCAUGAUGCUGCCACCACCAUGCUUCACCGUAGGGAUGGUGCCAGGUUUCCUCCAAACGUGACGCUUGGUAUUCAGGCCAAAGAGUUAAAUAUUGGUUUCAUCAGACCAGAGAAUCUUGUUUCUCAUGGUCUGUGAGUCUUUUAGCGGGCUGUCAUGUGCCUUUUACUGAGGAGUGGCUUCCGUCUGGCCACUCUACCAUAAAGGCCUGACUGGUGGAGUGCUGCAGAGUGCUGGUUGUCUUUCUGGAAGGUUCUCCCAUCUCCACAGAGGAACUCUGGAGCUCUGUCAGAGUGACCAUCGGGUUCUUGGUCACCUCCCUGACCAAGGCCUUUCUCCCCCGAUUGCUCAGUUUGGCCGGGCGGCCAGCUCUAGGAAGAGUCUUGGUGGUUCCAAACUUCUUCCAUUUAAGAAUGAUGGAGGCCACUGUGUUCUUGGGGACCUUCAAUGCUGCAGACAUUUUUUUGGUACCCUUCACCAGAUCUGUGCCUCGACCCAAUCCUGUCUCGGACCUCACGGCUUGGUUUUUGCUCUGACAUGCACUGUCAACUCGCUCUUGCAUAUACACACACCGUCCAGAGAGUAGCCAUUGUACUGGCACUGCCAUCGCUGGACAACAUCUCUCCCCCUCCCCUCCCCUCACACACAGAAAACACCACGACAGGUCCAGUCAGACAGUGUUACAACCACAACACACACACCUCCUUGCCUUGACACGUAUCAGGGGUUAUGGAAACAACCUCUCAUCUGCAACUAUAGUGUGUAUGUGUGCAGAGACAUUCUUUACAGAAGAGGUAGAAGAGGAUGGGUCAAAGUUCGUUACUUUUACAGACUCCCUUUCUCUCUCUUCUCUCUACUUCUAUUCUACUAAUGAUGUUGCAGGAUAUGUAUUUUAUUGGGAAAUGUGAUGUCUUUUUGAAUGUAUUUGUGGAGUAUAUUUAUAUUUGUAAACUGACGAUGAUUUUCUUAAUUGCUCUUGAGGGGAUAAAUAAAGUUAUAUUGAACUGAACUGAAUCUCCCCUUAGUGUGAGUCUGGAGAACCUGGACCCCGAGGAGAUGGAGAAGGUUCUGGGGGCGGCGCUGGACGUCCGGCGAGGGGGGAGGGAUCCUCGGAGGAACCCCAUCACCCAGGAGGGCUCCCUGUCCUCCCUCACAGAGGAAGAGGCAGGGUCUGACGCGCAGCACUACUCCGUAUUGGAGGUGAGCCUGUCAAUCAGGGUUGUGGGAUUGGACGAGCAGGCUGUCACUCAUUCUGAAUGGAGAUGCAUGUAUUGAGAAAACCAUAGGGACUUUUAAUGCUAUGAAAGUUGUGGGAUGAGCAAAAUGUAAUGUUAAUGUAUAUUCCAAAUAAAGAUUUGUACAUAUACAUACAGUAUAUUAUUACCUGGGAUGUAGUGUAGCUUAGGUUGGUCAAUGCUGAACACUGGUUGAGAUGAUGAGUAGUAAGUAAUGUAAGUGCUAAUUUAGCGUGAUAGGUGCAUAAACACUAUUUACUUAAUAAAAUGGUGCGUAAAUGCUGUUCACCCUCCACUAUAACCCGAAGCAUAACUUCUUGUUGGGUCACAGGAGCAGUGCAAUGCUCAUUUUGUGUAAUAUGUGCAUUAAACAGGAACAGUCCAACCAGCUGCAGGGCUGCAGUGCAUCGGCCCCAACCCUCAGUGUGGCGCGUCGCAGCAACCUUCAAAGCGCGGCCCCCCGACCACGCUCCAACUGCUACGGUAAGCCUAUGCUGCACGCCUGGGUCAUGUUCAUUAUGCACCAAAUGAAGAAAACAGACUGAAACAGGGAGGGACUACCUGGAACUGUCCAAUAAGAAACACCUAUUUUUGUUUCUUGUUGCAAAAUGUUUUUAACGUUUUCUGUUGUGUGCCUUAAUGAACACAACCCAGGGUCAGACAAGUUCACCGGGUAACAGGGUUGAAGGAGUCACAUGGGCUGCCUGCGGUCCUAUUCUGUAUCCCUUCACCCUAAAGUGUACACUCGUUUCUCCCAUAUUUCUUACACCUGUCCGUCCAUUCCUUUUCAAUUCAGUCCAUGAAUGGGAGUGCUCACUUUGUGGAAAAGGUUAGAGAAUUUGACCGCAGCCAAGGAUUGUUUGUUGGGAAGAAUGUAUCCUUAGUGAUCUCUAGAUUUGAGUAAGUCUAUAAACUCCUCACUCUACCCAAAGACUGCUCUGACUGCAGAGGGUCUUUCUGUGGUCUGUACCGUAUCUAGACUCUCACAGACGUACUCGCUCUCUCUCACACACACACACACACUUUGUCAGUCUUUGUUUUGCUCUGAGUCGGGCUCAAGUUGGACAGUAAGUCAGUGUUUGUCAGUGUCAGUCAACAGCAACGUGUGUAUGUGUGCAUGAGUUUGAUAGACGGCGUGAAAGUACAUGUGUUUGUGUGUAAAUGCCUUGUUUUUGUUUACAGUAGUUGAAUCAUUUUGUAAAUUGUAUGUGGGUGUAUUUAAUUAUUAUAAUUGGGUAUUGUAAUUUGCACUAAGUGCAUGCUUGUUUUUGUUUGUUUGUCAGGAUUAUUACUCAGUGUGUAUGUGUCUGUUUUUUCACUGUUUAUGUCAACUGUGUGUACUGUUUUUCAGUGUGUGUGCAUGCUUCAGUCUUUAUUUCUCAUUGUUUGUCUCUGUCUUUUGUCUCUCAUUAUGUGAUUCUUAAGGGUUUGUUUGUCCGUGUGUGUGUUUCUCAGGGUUUUUUGCAUGCCCCUGCCCCUAUUAGUAUGUGUGUGUGUGUAUGCCUCCAUCUGUGUGUGUGCACAUGUAUGCACCCAGUGUUUGUGUGUGUGUGUGCAGCAGUGCGGAAGCGCUCUUCCUGUGUUUGUUCUGUCUUUAGCCCCAGUUCCAGUUUCACAGCAGAGCCUCCAUUUCUACUUCUAACUCUCCCAUCUCUCCUUUCUCGCUCUCUACUAGUCUCCUUCCACUUCAAUUCCUCCAUUUUAACACACUGCUCAGACGACCAACUCGGAUUUACUAGAAUUUAUUCUAUCAUUCCCUUCCUAUCCCUCUCUUCUAACCUGUGUUAUCAAACUCAGUAGCCUAUAGGCUAUCUGUGCCUCUUUCACUCUCAUAACAACUUACUCUUUGUGCUUGGCAAGUUUAUUAUUGGUUAAAGAUAGCACUGCAGCCCUUGAAUGAGCAUCAGGUGAUUGGGACAUUUCCCUACUUUGUGUGUUUUAAAAAAUGUUUUGUUUUUACUUUGUGUAUUUUAGGUUUUGAUUUCUGCCUUGUUCUAGGCAUAGCUGUUAUUGAGAAGCUCAGCCAGAGUCGUAAGCUUUGGAGAGUGUUUAGGAAGGUCUCCGUGUGUUGAGUGUCUUCUGAUCUGUGUGUUCCAGAGACUUUACCCUACCGUCAACUUGGAGGAUCCACGCAGAGGUGAGUUGCCUUUCUCCCGUUUUCCCUUUCAUGCAAAGGAUGUGGCCAUUUUUUUAAUCUAUUUCCAUUAGCAAACCGCCGUCUCCAUUCUGGACCUGUUUGUCUCGCGCACUGCAGUCUCCAUUCUGGCUCUGUUUCCUGUUCUCACGGAAGCCACAGUGCCUUUUAUAGUUGCGUGUCCGAUGUUAUUAAAUGACCAUUUACAGUCAAUGCUAAAAGCGGUCUGCAGUGAUAAUAUGCAAUCUGGCACUCCUCUCUUUCUCCACCUCUCCACUUUUCUCCCUACCUCUUCUCUUUAUCAUUCCCUUUUUGCUGUCCUGCUCCUUCCUCUAAUCCUGUCUCUAAAUCUUUCCUGUCUUCUGUCCCUCUCUCCUCUCUGUAAUUCUUCCCUUUGCCGUCCUCCGUCCUCUCAUCCUGUCACAAACUUUCAUGUCUUCUCUCUCUUUUCUUUGUCUAACUUUCCUGUCCAUUUCCCUCUGUUCUCUUUAAUGUUCUCCUGCUCUCCUCUCCCUCAGUGUGGAUAGUGACCUGGGUCUGCUGCUCUGGGGGAGAGAGGGAAGCUGGACAGAGGUCGAGAGAGACGAGACCCAGGAGGAGAGGACAGGCAGCCCUUUAGAGCGCACCUUCAGUUUCCUACGCAAGAUGGCCGGCAACCGCAAGGUAGGAGAGGCCUACUUUCUGCAGUAGAGUCAAUCGUAUUUUAUUGACAUUGAUUCAUAUGAAGGGGAGACCAAUAGAGGAGAAACAGUGUAGAGGAUCGGGAUUCCAUCCCUCGCAGACAUGGGAUCACAUAUGUGCCAUUGGUGGCGGCUUUAACCGUCCGACCAACCCACAGCACACAAUAUCUAAAACCCAUUAUACAGUACCAGUCAAAAGUUUGGACACCUACUCAUUCCAGGGUUUUUCUUUAUUUUUACUACUUUCUACAUUGUAUAAUGACAGUGAAGACAUCAAAACUAUGAAAUAACACACAUGGAAUCAUGUCGUAACCAAAAAAGUGUUAAACAAAUCAAAAUAUAUUUUAUAUUUGAGAUUCUUCAAAGUAGCCACCCUUUGCCUUGAUGACAGCUUUGCACAAUCUUGGCAUUCUCUCAACCAGCUUCAUGAGGUAGUCACCUGGAAUGCAUUUCAAUUAACAGGUGUGCCUUCUUAAAAGUUAAUUUGUGGAAUUUCUGUCCUUCUUAAUGCGUUUGAGCCAGUCAGUUGUGUUGUGACAAGGUAGGGGUGGUAUACAGAAGAUAGCCCUAUUUGGUAAAAGACCAAGUCCAUAUUAUGGCAAGAACAGCUCAAAUAAGCAAAGAGAAAAGACAGUCCAUCAUUACCUGAAGACAUGAAGGUCAGUCAAUCCGGAACAUUUCAAUAACUUUGAAAGUUUCUUGAAGUGCAGUCACAAAAACCAUCAAGCAAUAUGAUGAAACUGGCUCUCAUGAGGACCGCCACAGGAAUGGAAGACCCAGAGUUACCUCUACUGCAGAGGUUAAGUUCAUUAGAGUUAACUGCACCUCAGAAAUUGCAGCCAAAAUAUAUGCUUCGCAGAAUUCAAGUAACAGACACAUCUCAACAUCAACUGUUCAGAGGAGACUGCGUGAAUCAGGCCUUCAUGGUUGAAUUGCUGCAAAGGAACCACUACUAAAGGACACCAAUAAUAAGAAGAGACUUGCUUGGGCCUAGAAACACGAGCAAUGGACACUAGACCAGUGGAAAUCUGUCCUUUGGUCUUGAGUCCAAAUUUGAGAUUUUUGGUUCCAACUGCCGUGUCUUUGUGAGAACGGAUGAUCCGUUCAUGUGUGGCUCCCACCGUGAAGGAUGGAGGAGGAGGUGUGAUGGUGUGGGGCUGCUUUGCUGGUGACACUGUCUGUGAUUUAUUUAGAAUUCAAGGCACACUUAACCAGCAUGGCUACCACAGCAUUCUGCAGCGAUACGCCAUCCCAUCUGGUUUGCGCUUAGUGGGACUAUCAGUUAUUUUUCAAAAGGACAAUGACCCAAAACACACCUCCAGGCUGUGUAAGGGCUUUUUGACCAAGAAGGAGAGUGAUGGAGUGCUGCAUCAGAUGACCUGGCCUCCACAAUCACCCGACCUCAACCCAUUUGAGAUGGUUUGGGAUGAGUUGGACCGCAGAGUGAAGGAAAAGCAGCCAACAUGAGCUCAGCAUAUGUGGGAACUCCUUCAAGACUGUUGGAAAAACAUUCCUCAUGAAGCUGAUUGAGAGAAUGCCAAGAGUGUGCAAAGCUGUCAUCAAGGCAAAGGGUGGCUAUUUGAAGAAUAUAAAAUAUAUUUUGAUUUGUUUAACACUGUUUUUUGGUUGCUACAUGAUUCCAUAUGUGUUAUGUCAUAGUUUUGAUGUCUUCACUAUUAUUCUACAAUGUAGAAAAUAGUAAAAAUAAAGAAAAACCCUUCAAUGUGUAGGUGUGUCCAGAUUUUUGACUGGUACUGUACAUCUAAAGUCUCUUCCUAAUAGGGUAAUAUCGUUAUGACAACGACACUAUGUGGUAGUGCUGAUCAUAUUGAAUGGUGGGCCCGUAGACUUGCUACCAAAGUAAUGGUAGAGGAGACAGUGAGUCAGAAAGAAUUGACCUUUGAACAAGGUGUGUUGACUCAUGGCUUAAAUGGAAAGGAAAGCAAUAAACAUACCACAUGUCAUUUAAAUAUGUUUACCUAUAUUUUAGUUUGUUGUCAUUUGUUAAUGACAACGGAAUAAUUUUGUCCCAUAAGUAGUCAUUAGUUGUGAUAACUGAAUAAUUUUGUAUAGUGUAAUCAACCUAUUGGCUUAGAGACCUAGGCGGUUGUGUACUUAUGGCACAACAGAGUGGAUCCUCGCUGGACAGAGUGGAUACUUCUUGAUUAUUGGCUUUUUUUGGUUACAGUGGACUUUGUCCAUGGUCUUUAUAACUAUGUAGUAUACUGUGAAAGGGACUGAUCAUUCACUUGCGGUGACUGACCGCUUACAUUGAGUAAUAACAAUACCAGCAAAACAUCACAAUGGAGACAAUGUUUUUUACGGAUUGGCACUCAAAUAAUUUCAAUGGUCUUGUUUGUUACAUAAUUCAAUACGUAUGUUGAUACGUUCUUGUGUUUCAUAGCCCUGAAAUUCCCUGAGAUAUUACUUGUACUUGACUAUGGACUGUACUAUUGGGAGUAUGUAUGUACCAGUUAUGUCCAGCAGAGGGCAGAGUAAAUCUAUUUCCUUGUGAGCUCAGUAGAGCUUUGCAGUCAGCUUUUCUCUCCCUCCCUCACUGUCAACCCUCCUGCUACUAGAACACAACAAGUAGCUGCACAUUGUCCAAAUCUGGUAGAGGACAGCUAGGUGUCCGUCACACAGUCAGCCAUAGCCGUCGAGGUCAUGAUAUCAUAAUUUUUUUGUCACUAGUGCAUUAAGCAGCCCGACAAUGCUGAGUCAACCAUCAGAGCUUGUACAAUCCAUAAACUGAAAAGACAAUGACAUUUAACACUAACAGUCUGACUAAUUUAGCGUGACUCAAACUUGCUCUUCCCUGUAUCAGACAGCGAGUUCACUUGGACUUUAAACAUCCUGUGCACACUCAUACAUAGGCACACACUAAUAAUCUCUCACACACAAACACGUCCAACUCACUUACACCCACACACACACACUGUCAUGGAAGAGUGUUCCAGGGAAUUUAUGACAAUGUUCCAGCAUAAUCUGACUAGAUGCCAUGAGAACAUACCAUUGGCAACACACUGUAACACAUGUCCCAUGGGAGUCUGGGUAAAAAAUGUAACUAUGCCUCGACCCCGGAGAAUGUUGUAUACACUUUAUCUACUUUUUAAACAAAGUAGCCUACGAAUACUAUCCACGUCAGGGGGUAUAGAUAAAUAAGAGUAUUAUAUGGAGCCUAGCCAAUGGUGAGCCAAUGGACAGUUGUGAUUUAUAUUUUACAGGCUGGUUUCUGUCUGACAUGCCUAGUUAUCAUAACAGUCUGCUUACCCAGUCUGCAUGGUUACAGGCUACAGCAGGCGAGCCCUGUCUUCAAGGCUGAUUCUGUGUAACAUUGUGAUUAUGUGUAAAAGACAGGGUCAAGCCAAUCAAACAAACUGCCUAUGUAUGUUUAAAAGACUGGUUAUUUCUUACAGAUUCUGACGUCUAACAUUUAGGUCAGGAAUCAGGGGCCUGAUCAACUGAGCACUGAAACAUGACAUCACCACAAGCUUGUGAUAGAAAACUGACAAGCCUGGAGGGACUUUUUAAAUAGGGCGGGACUGAGAUCUGUGUGUGUGUGUGUGUGUGUGUGUGUGUGUGUGUGUGUGUGUGUGUGUGUGUUAGGGCUGUCCCCGACCCAAAGAAAUAUUGUUAGACCGAGAGUCGUCUUUUCUUUCAACAUUUUUAAAUGUGAUUUUCCAUAUAUAGACACACCCUAUGUGUUUUUAAUAAAAUCAACUAUAUGUACUGAGCAUGUCUAAUGCUUGAAGCAUGCUGUUUGAUUAAAUAAUUAAAACACACAAAUGACUCAAGAGGGAGCCAGAAAUCAAGAUAGCCUAACCAGAAGAAAAAAAAACUGUUCCAGACCCCCCUCCUCUCGCUGCUGCUGUCCUUCACAGAUUCUGCCGUUAUGCGCCUGAAGUUGCUGGUAAUAGGCUACACCAGGGGUCGGCAACCUUUUCCAAUUUUCUACUGAUCUGCAUGCCAGUUAUGAUUUUCAUAUACACAUUUUUUAGUUUCAAUUGAAUUUAUAAUAGUAGUUUUUAAUUUAUAUCUCAAUCACUGUCAUGUGGUUCUUAAUUGUAUCUAAAUGAAAAUGAUACCAAUCUUAACUUUCAUUGCCAUUGCCAACUAUGUAAAAAUAGCCUACAGUGCCUUUGGAAAGUAUUCAGACCCCUUGACUUUUUCCACAUUUUGUUACGUUACAGCCUUAUUCUAAAAUGUAUAAAAAAAAAAUUAAAAGCCUCAAGAAUCUACAGACAAUUCCCCAUAAUGAAAAAGUGAAAACAGGUUUUUAGAAUUGUUUUUGCACAUUUAUAAAAAAUAAAAAACAGAUACCUUAUUUACAUAAGUAUUCAGACCCUUUGCUAUGAGACUCGAAAUUGAGCUCCAGUGCAUCCUGUUUCCAUUGAUCAUCCUUGAUGUUUCUACAACUUGAUUGGAGUCCACCUGUGGUAAAUUCAAAUGAUUGGACAUGAUUUGGAAAGGCACACACCUGUCUAUAUAAGGUCCCACAGUUGACCAUGCAUGUCAGAGCAAAAACCAAGCCAUGAGGUCAAAUAAAUUGUCUGUUUGCUCCAAGAUAGGAUUGUGUCACGGCACAGAUCUGGGGAAGGGUACCAAAACAUUUCUGCAGCAUUGAAUGUCCCCAAGAACACAGUGGCCUCCAUCAUUCUUGAAUGGAAGAAGUUUGGAAUCACCAAGACUCUUCAUAGAGCUGGCUGCCCGGCCAAACUGAGCAAUCUGGGGAAGAAGGGCCUUGGUGUCAGGGAGGUGACCAAGAACCCGAUGGUCACUCUGACAGAGCUCUAGAGAUCUUCUGUGGAGAUGGGAGAACCUUCCAGAAGGACAACCAUCUCUGCAGCACUCCACCAAUCAGGCCUUUAUGGUAGUGGCCAGACGGAAGCCACUCCUCAGUAAAAGGCACAUGACUGCCCUUUUGGAGUUUGCCAAAAGACAUCUAAAGACUCUCGGACCAUGAGUAACAAGAUUCUCUGGUCUGAUGAAACCAAGAUUUAACUCUUUGACCUGAAUACCAAGCGUCACGUCUAGAGGAAACCUGGCACCAUCCCUACAGUGAAGCAUGGUGGUGGCAGCAUCAUGCUAUGGGGAUGUUUUUCAGCGGCAGGGACUGGGAGACUAGUCAGGAUCGAGGGAAAGAUGAACAGAGCAAAGUACAGAGAGAUACUUUAUGAAAACCUGCUGUAGAGCGCUCAGGACCUCAGACUGGGGUGAAGGUUCCCCUUCCAACAAGACAACGACCCUAAGCACACAGCCAAGACAACGCAGGAGUGGCUUCGGGACAAGUCUCUGAAUGUCCUUGUGUGGCCCAGCCAGAGCCCGGACUUGAACUCAAUCGAGCAUCUCUGGAGAGACCUGAAAAUAGCUGUGCAGCAACGCUCCCCAUCCGACCUGACAGAGCUUGAGAGGAUCUGCAGAGAAGAAUGUGAGAAACUCCCCAAAUACAGGUGUGCCAAGCUUGUAGCGUCAUACCCAAGAAGACUCGAAGCUGUAAUCGCUGCCAAAGGUGCUUCAACAAGUAAAGAGUCUGAAGACUUAUGUAAAUGUAGUAUUUCCGAUUUUUAAUACAUUUGCAAAAAUGUAAAGAAUCCUAUUUUUGCUUUGUCAUUAUGGGGUAUAGUGUGUAGAUUGAUGGACAACAAAACUAUUUAAUCAAUUUUAGAAUAAGGCUGUAACGUAACAAAAUGUGGAAAAAGUCAAGGAUUCUGAAUACACUGUACAUAAAGCCAACAAAUACAAACAUUGUAGCCUGCAGGUAGAAAAUAUUCUGAUAAAAAUAAAUGUCCUAUAAAUCACAUUGGCUACACAAGGCCUGUCUGCAACGAACUUGAAACAUUGUAUCAACUGUGUCCAGCCUGAAGCUUGUGCUAGCAAACUUGCAACAUUGCAUAAAAUAUUCUGAGGCCUCAGUUUCCUGUGCCAGUGAGCUUGGGACAGACACAGCUGUAGGCUAUUUGUGCAAGGGGUGAGAAGUAAUCAGUUAUUUUAUGAUGUUUCCAUGGGAUCAGAGCAUUACAUUUUUCCCUUUGAUGCGUAGUGGUUUCAAAUACAUUGAGGAACUUUUGUCAUUCUCAAUGGAUUCUAAAAACAGACAUUGUUUACUUACAGUUUGAGGUGAAGACAAAUCUACUUUGAGAAGCUCCACAGCUCAUUAGUGGUGGUGAGUUAAGACAAUCAGAAAUACUAUCAGACAUCCCCAAAUGGGCACGUUUAUAGGCCUACAUUUGUGCGCGGGCCAGGUAGCCUAGUCCUAUUUCAAUAUGCGUAUUCAGGUGCGCUUCCUUAACAUUUGAUAGGCGCGCUCCAAACAAAAGACAAUGAAUAAAUUGACAUUACUCGUAAAUGGAAGGAAAUAAUCCAAAACUUGUUUCUCACAAGUGUAGCAUAGGUUGUUAGCUCUGUAAACAACCUGUCCACUUCGACAAUGAGAACGGUAAACGACUGUAAUAAUAGUAAUAAUAAUAUAUUGAAUGUAUUAACAGAAAAUACCGUAACCAAACAAACAUUGUAGAUUAGAAAUUAUGGAAUUAACGGUAAAUGUAGGCUACUACUGUUGAUAUAUGUAAUGGGGAAUUGAUAGACACUAACAAUAAAAUACCAAACAAUUCACACAAUGAAGUUAUGAUACAAUGAAACCUCACGAAAUGGCGGGACAGAGCGCAUUCUGGAGAGAGACAUGCCUUGUGCAUCUUAGCCACACUUCCCUUCUUCUUGGACCGUGGCAUCCCCGCGGCCUCCUCAAUGGAUUAGUCCACUAAGAUGGGUGCAAAUCAGACGGUGUCUCGUGUGCCAUGAAAAAUAUAUAUUUGCGACUGCUAGACUAAAAAAAUAUAUUGGGCGACCAACGGCCUAUCGACCAGUCGACUAAAUGGGGUCAGUCCUAGUGUGUUUGUGUAUGUGUUUCAUUUUUGGCAUAGUAUUAUGAAGGAAUGUGAACAGAAGUUCACAAUGUGCAAGUGUGAAUGUAAGUACAUUUUAAUGUUGCAAUGUUUGCAUAUUAAUUGAAUGUGUGUGUGUACCAUGUUUUUCAACUGCUUCAACUCUCUUCAUGACUUCUUGAUUUCUACUAAUAUGGGUUUUGAAGAGAACCAUAAAGCCUUAAUGUUUUACUCCGGCAUCUGUCUGCUCCCUUAGUGGGGAAAGCUACAAACCAGACUUAAACUGAAAUGAAACCUGCCUCACAGAUUUUCAUUAAACACUCUAUAACAAACGGAGGAGUCCUGUAAGCAUGCUCCAAUUAGCCGGCCUAGAUAAUUUCAAGUUAAAACUAAGUUGUAGGCUAUAAAAAGUGGUUGAAACUAGUUGCAGUGACUUCAUUAUGACGUAUUUCGUGACAUCCUGGCCAGGUUGUAUAGGUUAUUAUCAAUAAAAGUCACAAUCUGUUUCAAAGGACAGCCUCUGGCCUCUGAUUCAGGAAGACUUCCACACUAAACUUUGUCACCUCUGACCUCCACUUCAGUUGAUCCUCCACAAGUGGCAGUUGUGGCGGUAACACCGAACAGGGACCUAGAGGUCCCACGAAAGUCAACUAAUAAACAAUUUAUAAGCACUACAUAGAUAUUGUUUGAAGACAUAAAUACUAAUGGAUCAGUCAGUCAAAUAAAUAAAUAACUGUUAGCCACACUUACCCUAGUUUCCCAUUCCCUCAGUUGCAUUACAGUAUUUGAGUAAAAGUAUUUUAAAACGUUUCGAAAUUGAAAACCAAAAUGUGUGUUUCUUAUUGGACAAAUCCAGGUAAUCCCUCCUCAGUUUAGUUUCUUCUUUUUGGUGCCUAAUAAACACAACCCAGUCUUUCCUGUAGGCCCCUAAGACUUCAUAAUCACACCCACUUUAGUACAGCAGUAGCCAUUCAAUGAAAAGUAUUUGAAAAGCAUUGGUAGCACGGCACCAGGGUGUACAGAUCUGCUAGCUUUUAUAGGGUGUGCGUGUGUCUUGUGUGUUUUUGUUUUAAGAGCUAGCCAAUAUCUGGAACAUGCUAAUCAAAGCCACUGAUUACUUAAAUUGAGUGUCAGCUAAUUAAGCCUAAUUUGGAGUCAGAUUGUGACACCUGCGUGACUGGUUUUGGAGAACCGCUUUAAUGUGUGUGUGGUGUGUGUGCAUUCAUGCAUGUGUGCUUUGUACAAGUAUCUUGUUGUUGUUAAGGAACUAAGCAGGGGCCAUCAUUUCAUGGUGGUCUAAUAAGCUAAAUACACGCACGCACACAGACGCACGCACACAUUAACAUACAGGAUGUAAUGCAACUAAGGGCAUUACCAACUGCUCCUGUACAACCAAUAAUAUCAUAAUACUGUUCAGUAGCUGGCGAUGUUUGUUUGAGUUUGACAUCUCUAGUAGAUGUUCCUUUGUAAUGUGAUAGGUGUUCACAGUUUAUUUCCUUUGUGCUGAAAUGUUAAGAGGUCGACCAUAGGGAGCAGAAAUCUAUUGAAGACCGAUGUAGCACACACAUCUGUACAACAUUUGUUAGGGCUUGAGUGUUUUUAUUUUUUAUCUUCGCUCUUCGUGUGUGUUCAUGCGCAAGUGCCUUCAGGAAGUAAUCAUACCCCUUGACUUAUUCCACAUUUUUUUGUUACAGCCUGAAUUCAAAAUUGAUUAAAUAUUUUUUAUUUUCUCACACACCUACACACAAUACCCCAUAGUGCCAGUGAAAACCAUGUUUUUAUAAAUGUUUGCACAUUUAUUGAAAAUGAAAUACAGAAAUAUCUCAUUUACAUAAGGAUUCACACCCCUGAGUCAAUACAUGUUAGAAUCACCUUUGGCAGCGAUUACAGCUGUAAGUUUUUCUGGGUAAGUCUCUAAGAGCUCUGCACACCUGGAUUGUACAAUAUUUGCACAUUAUUAUUUAAACAAUUCUUCAAGCUCUGUCAAGUUGGUUGUUGAUCAUUGCUAGACAUCCAUUUUCAAGUCUUGCCAUAGAUUUUAAAGCAGAUUUAUGUCAAAACUGUAACUAGGCCACUCAGGAACAUUCAAUGUCGUCUUCGUAAGCAACUUGUGUAUAUUUUGCCUUGUGUUUUAGGUUAUUGUCCUGCUGGAAGGUGAAUUUGUCUCCCAGUUGACAAAACCAGGUUUUCCUCUAGGACACGUGUCAAACUCAUUCCACGGAGUGCUGAGUGUCUGCAGGUUUUUGCACCUCCCUUGUACUUGAUUGAUCAAUUAAGGUCACUAAUCAAGUUUUUUGCAGACAGGCCUUGUGUAGCCAAUGUCACCUGGUUGUCUAGGUCUUAAUUGAAAGGAAAAACAAAAAACCUGCAGACACUAGGCCCUCAAUGGAAUGAGUUUGACACUCCUGCUCUAGGAUUUUGCCUGUGCUUAGCUCUACCGUUUCCUUUUAUCCUAAAUAAACUCCCUAGUCCUUGCCGAUGACAAGCAUACCCAUAACAUGAUGCAGCCACCACCAAGCUUGAAAAUAUGAAGAGUGGUAGUCAGUGACGUGUUGGAUUUGCCCCAAACAUAACACUUUGUAUUCAGGACAUAAAGUUAAUUUCUUUGCCACAUCUUUUGCAGUUUUACUUUAGUCCCUUAUUGCAAAGAAGAUGCAUGUUUUGGAAUAUUGUUUAUUCUGUACAGGCUUCCUUUUCACUCUGUCAUUUGGGUUAUUAUUGUGGAGUAACUACAAUGUUGUUGAUUCAUCGUCAGUUUUCUCCUAUCACAGCCUUUAAACACUGUAACUGUUUUAAAGUCACCAUUGGCCUCAUGGUGAAAUCCCUUAGCGGUUUCUUUCCUCUUCGGCAACUGCGUUAGGAAGGAUGCCUGUAGCUUUGUAGUGACUGGGUGUAUUGAUACACCAUCCAAAGUGUAAUUAAUAUCUUCACCAUGCUCAAAGAGAUAUUCAAUGUCUGCUUCAUUUACCAAUAGGUGCCCUUCUUUGCGAGGCAUUGGAAAACCUCCCUGGUCGUUGUGGUUGAAUCUGUUUGAAAUGUACUGCUCGACUGCGGGACCUUCCAGAUAAUUGUAUGUGUGGGAUACAGAUAUAAAGUAGUCUUUCAGAAAUUGUUAAACACUUAUUGCACACAGUGAGUCCAUGCAUCUUAUUAUGUGACUUGUUAAGCAUAUUUUUACUCCUGAACUUAUUUAGUCUUGCCAUAAAAGGGGUUGAAUACUUAUUGACUCAAGACAUUUCAGCUUUUCAUUUGUAAUUAAUUUGUUUAAAAAAUCUAAACAUUAUUCAAUAUUGACACAAAAUCUCAAUGUAAUCUAUUUUAAAUUCAGGCUGUAACACAACAAAUUGAGGAAAAAGUCAAGGUGUGAAUAAUUUCUGAAGGCACUGUGUGUGUGUGUCUUUGCGCAACCAUGUGUCCAUACAUCUGUGUGUUUUUGAGAAAGUAUUGUGUAUGAAUUCACUAUAGGUGAGUAUGCAAUGUGUGGGUAUGUCACAAUGUGUGUGUCAAAGAGCAAGUCAGUGCACCAAAUACUCGAUCAGAUGUUUUGUAGGUACGGUCGUCCACCACUCUGCCCCCUCCUCUCUCCUGUAGCCUCCCUCUCCUAUCCUCUGUUCUGUCAUAUUUCUGGAUUGCAACAGAGAACAAAUGUAAGGCUAAUUCAAACAAGCUACUCACAAUACCAGUGCUCUCUCCUGUUGCUACAUUAUCACACUAUGAAACACAUUCAAACAAACACACCUAUGUGGUUAUUUUGUCCUGGUCUCCCUGUGCUGGGCUGAAUGACAGGGUUUGUGGGUAAAGGCUCUCAGCAUCUGGUCAUUAUCUCACCGGAGCAGGAGCAUAUCUGUCCAUGGAGACACCUACGCGGUGCUGACUCAGAAUACAAACAAACUUGCAUUGGUUCUCACACACAGUCACACAGGCACACACACAUUUCUCCACAAAGCGGUCUGGCUCAGCAGCGAAGCGGUUACCCACAGCAACGCUCUGGUCUCAUGCCGACCAAAAUUCACCAGAGCUGUGGAGGGAGAGGACUGAUAGAGGCAGCACAGUCAAACGUGUCACUCUGUCAGUGUCUGCCACCGCCCCGUAACAUCUCCUUUAAAAUCAAGAGGACCCUUUCACUCCCACGCAGACUCCCUAAGAUAAAGCCUUUUAAAAGGUGACAGAACAGAGCCCGUGGGUGAGUGGUAACACUCCCGUCUCUUGACACAUGUAUGUGUAUAACCCUGACGACUGGGGUUCAAUCCCUGCGUCCUUCAAGAGGCUGACAUACACUGAGUAUACAAAAUAUUAAGAAUACCUGUUCUUUCCAUGACGUAGACUAUCCAGGUGAAAGCUAUGAUCCCUUAUUGAUGUCACUUGUUAAAUCCUCUUCAAUCAGUGUAGAUGAAGGAGAGGAGACAGGUUAAAGAAGGAUUUUUAAGCCUUGAGACAUUAAUUGUGUAUGUGUGCCAUUCAGAGGGUGAAUGGGCAGGACAAAAUACUUAAGUGACUUUGAAUGGGGUAGUAGGUGCCAGGCGCACCGUUUUGUGUCAAGAACUGCAACGCUGCUGGGUUUUUCACGCUCAACAGUUUCCUGUGUUUAUCAAGAAUAGUCCACUACCCAAAAGACAUCCAGCUAACUCUUUAAACAUUUUUUUUACAAAUAAUCCUGACCAUAACAACCAAAGUAUCACGUCUUCAUCUCAUCAUGAAAAGUACGUCUGUACUUGUUUGUAACAGAGACCAGAUGGUCUUCUCAGUCACAAAACCAGUUUCCAACCAGAAAAUUUUCAUUAAGAUGUCAUGUGCCAAAUGCUGCACACUGGGAUGGGAAUCUGAUGGAGAGAGGGCAGGAGAAAGGUAGGGAGCGACUGAGGGAGGGAGUCAAAUACACCUUUCAAACCAAUAUGUUUUUCUGCCAACUAUUGCCUACUUUUCUUUAUAUGUGAAAGCUAUUGCCGGCAACAAAGCCUGUAAUUUUAUUUCCGCCAACCGACCUAGUCAUGAUUGCGGUAAAGUUCUGUCUACGGCUUAGUAUGAACGUAGCCGUAAUGCUGAGGCAGCCUUGGCAUGCACUACGCUCUUGAUGGUUGCUACACUUUUUUUUUUUUUUUUUUUUUUUAAGAGUUUCAAAGAGGUUCUUCGGCUGUAUCCAUAGGAUAAUAUUUUUUGGUUUCAGGUAGAACCCUUUUAGAUUCCAUGUAGAACCCCCUGUGGAAAGAGUUCAAGAUGGAACCCAAAAUAGUUUUACCUGGAACCAAAAGGGGUCUCCUAUGGGGACAGCCCAAUAACCCUUUUAGGUUCUAGAUUGCACUUAAAAAAAUUUUUUUAUUGUAGGCAGCACCCAUUACUAGGCUGUUACCAUUCUCCUGGCAGUUAUAAACAUUGCGAGGCUUGUCACUUCGCCCAUCUCUUCGCAUAGUCCACCACUAACGGUAGCUAACUCUGUUCCGUACGUAUGUGAGCAACCGUGGCAUUCAAACGAGGCUGCAAUGAAAACUAAUGGGACUGUAGUGACUGUGUUGGCAUCAAAAUCCGGGGUGUGAACUAAGUUUCAAUUCGGGGUUGAUGGUAUUGGAGAAAAGUUGAAAAAAGUGAUUUUUUUUAGCGCCUCCCUAAAAACCCUAUUCAAAUUUGACACAAACCUUCAAAUAGGUAUGUAAUGAGACAUUAUAUAAACUCUUUAUAGUGUUUUAUUAAAAUUUUUGAGGUGAUAAGUUGGACAAAUUGGGUGAAAAAAGCCAGUUCCCCACAAGACAUAUCUCCCCCUUUCACUAUGACGCAGUAGCUUUCGCUUCCCCACCCGCCAUUUUUAAAAAGACCGGCGGAGCUCCAUUGCUUUCUUCAAUCAUGCAGAGACUGGCAGCAUGAAGGUCUCGUCAUUGAUUUUGCUGGAAAGGGGAGAAAUUGUGCUUUACAAUGGUAUUAAUAUUACAGUUGACCUGGAAGUAUUACGUUUUUGGGCGCUAAAAUAAGGUAAAAUGUACCGAACAGGGGGAUGUACAAAAGUGUGUUAGCUACCUUUUUAAGCAUUUACUGUUUUCUAAACCACAACUGGAUGGAUCCAUAAAUAAUUACUGUGGGAAUGAAUGUCACUGAAUGAUGAAAAUAUUGGAAUAAAGUGGGCUAAUGCAGUUGAAGGCAUGCAUCAAAUUGUUGCUUACUGAAACUGCCAAAGUAACCUAAUCGUUAUAAUACAUUUUAAGCAAUAGCCUACCCGCAGUGGUCAACCAUAUGACAAUUUCAGCACAGUUUUGAUUGGGACAGCGCCUUCACGCUACUUUGAGACAAGCAUGGGGAUUAGUCUUGAUGAAUCAAUGUCAGAUUUUUGUUUGAGUCUCGGUUGGUUAUUGGUUAUAAGCUACAUUAGGCUGUGGAAAUGUUAGCUAAGUUGAGGUGAGUGCAUGCUCAUGAUCGUCUUGUCUAGUUAACUCAUUUAUUAGCACUGAUCAGAAAAUCUUGCCAGCAUGUUAUGUAGCUUAACAAUGAAAUGUUUUGCUCUUCACUCUCAGUUGCUUAGUAGCCUAGGCCUACUCUUGACCAAAAGCCUGUGACUUGUCUGAUCAAUCAAUGUGAUUUUUGUUUCUCUGUAUAUUUGGUUGAUUGGUCUCUCGCUGGGCAAAUAAGUGGCGGUGGUAGACCUAUAGCUCAUCUAUUUGUUUGCUCGUCUGUCACUGAUAAGAAACAUUUAGUAUGCAAUAAUUUAGCCUAAAUCAAGUGUAGGGCUAUUAUUUUGCUCGAUGGUGUACAUGCAACUCUAAAAGCCAGUGGAUGUUGUAAAAUAUGAACACGAAACACAUGCUUUUGAAAAUUUAGAUUUCUAUCGGUAUCAUGAUGAAGAUACUCUUAAUGUAAGACCCUAUGUCUGCUCAAUAACUAAGUGGAGUAGGAAAGCGAUAAUAUGUAGAUUAAAAAAGCAUGGGCUUGGGCUCUGUUUUCAAAAUAUCUAUUUUUUUGUUAUAUGACAGUGGUUCCACGUUCCCAUGACAUAAGUUGUGUGGGAAAAAUAUGUUCUUUCUAUUUUAUUCUGUUAAAUUCUUACUAUAAAAUGUGUUGACUUUGAUCAGGGUAAGUGUGUCUUGUCUGUUUUUUUAAAUUAACAAAAUAUCAAACUAUUGAUUUUAAUUUGCAUUUGGACCUGCCUAAACAAAUUAAUAAUGGAUUUCUUUGUGAUGGUAUAUGUUCAAUAAAUGUACUAAAAUAGACGCUCACCCACAUCGACCCAUGCCUUCUCCCACUCCUAAACUUGCUGGCAUGUGUAUGGGAGGUAUACAACACUUAUCUAGGCAAGAAUGUGGUAAAAAUUGGACUGUAAGGAUUACCUGAUAAAAAUAUAUAUUAACAGUGGGGAGAACAAGUAUUUGAUACACUGCCGAUGUUGCAGGUUUUCCUACUUACAAAGCAUGUAGAGGUCUGUAAUUUUUAUCAUAGGUACAUUUCAACUGUGAGAGACGGAAUCUAAAACAAAAAUCCAGAAAAUCACAUUGUAUGAUUUUUAAGUAAUUCAUUUGCAUUUUAUUGCAUGACAUAAGUAUUUGAUACAUCAGAAAAGCAGAACUUAAUAUUUGGUACAGAAACCUUUGUUUGCAAUUACAGAGAUCAUACAUUUCCUGUAGGUCUUGACCAGGUUUGCACACACUGCAGCAGGGAUUUUGGCCCACUCCUCCAUACAGACCUUCUCCAAUCCUUCAGGUUUCGGGGCUGUCGCUGGGCAAUACGGACUUUCAGCUCCCUCCAAAGAUGUUCUAUUGGGUUCAGGUCUGGAGACUGGCUAGGCCACUCCAGGACCUUGAGAUGCUUCUUAUGGAGACACUCCUUAGUUGCCCUGGCUGUGUGUUUCGGGUCGUUGUCAUGCUGGAAGACCCAGCCACGACCCAUCUUCAAUGCUCUUACUGAGGGAAGGAGGUUGUUGGCCAAGAUCUCGCGAUACAUGGCCCCAUCCAUCCUCCCCUCAAUACGGUGCAGUCGUCCUGUCCCCUUUGCAGGAAAGCAUCCCCAAAGAAUGAUGUUUCCACCUCCAUGCUUCACGGUUGGGAUGGUGUUCUUGGGGUUGUACUCAUCCUUCUUCUUCCUCCAAACACAGCGAGUGGAGUUUAGACCAAAAAGCUCUAUUUUUGUCUCAUCAGACCACAUGACCUUCUCCCAUUCCUCCUCUGGAUCAUCCAGAUGGUCAUUGGCAAACUUCAGACGGGCCUGGACAUGCGCUGGCUUGAGCAGGGGGACCUUGCGUGCGCUGCAGGAUUUUAAUCCAUGACGGCGUAGUGUGUAACUAAUGGUUUUCUUUGAGACUGUGGUCCCAGCUCUCUUCAGGUCAUUGACCAGGUCCUGCCGUGUAGUUCUGGGCUGAUCCCUCACCUUCCUCAUGAUCAUUGAUGCCCCACGAGGUGAGAUCUUGCAUGGAGCCCCUGACUGAGGGUGAUUGACCGUCAUCUUGAACUUCUUCCAUUUUCUAAUAAUUGCACCAACAGUUGUUGCCUUCUCACCAAGCUGCUUGCCUAUUGUCCUGUAGCCCAUCCCAGCCUUGUGCAGGUCUACAAUUUUAUCCCUGAUGUCCUUACACAGCUCUCUGGUCUUGGCCAUUGUGGAGAGGUUGGAGUCUGUUUGAUUGAGUGUGUGGACAGGUGUCUUUUAUACAGGUAACGAGUUCAAACAGGUGCAGUUAAUACAGGUAAUGAGUGGAGAACAGGAGGGCUUCUUAAAGAAAAACUAACAGGUCUGUGAGAGCCGGAAUUCUUACUGGUUGGUAGGUGAUCAAAUACUUAUGUCAUGCAAUAAAAUGCAAAUUAAUUACUUAAAAAUCAUACAAUGUGAUUUUCUGGAUUUUUGUUUUAGAUUCCGUCUCUCACAGUUGAAGUGUACAUAUGAUAAAAAUUACAGACCUCUACAUGCUUUGUAAGUAGGAAAAUUAUUGUUCUCCCCACUGUAUAUAUGAUGUAUUUUUUUAUAUGCAACAUACCGUGAAUCCAAUGUGAAAGAAGUAAAAGAGAGAGUGCUAAAACUGCUGUGUGGAAGGCCGCCCACAGAACAAUCUGUCCUCUUUAACUCCCACCCUUCUAAUGGGCGGUUAUAUUUAUCAGUUGCCUGGAGAGAGAUUGGGAGAGCGAUACAGUUAGAUUUAAAGAGCCGAGAAAAUUUUCAUUUUAGUCAUUUAGCAGACGCUCUUAUCCAGAGCGACUUACAGUUAGUGAGUGCAUACAUUUUUUCAUACUGGCCCCCCGUGGGAAUCGAACCCACAACCCUGGCGUUGCAAGCGCCAUGCUCUACCAACUGAGCUACAGAGGAGGCCUCUAUGGCGCGAGAGAGCGAGCGAUGCCAUGAGAUGGAGACAGUUGAGAGAACUGAAAGAGGGAAUGAAUUCGAAAAGUAAAUGUUAACAAGAAAAGUGCUUCCUCACCUUUUUGAAAGGUAUUGUAUAAAAGCUAUAACAGACUGAAGUCCUGAUUCAUCAAUAGCCCUAUUGGUAAUUUUAAAAACACUUCUCAAACAAAUUUGCUAUUGUGUCCAAGGACUUCAUGACAAGUAGCGCCAGUCAGUCACACUCCCUUUGUUCGUUGCGUGUUAGCUAAUAGCUACUCAAGUCCAGUUUGAACAAUAAACUAAUUAUACUUCCCCCAACCAUAUGAGUGCUGGAUCGUGUUCAUUAGGUCAUGCAACAGAAAAUGUUUUAAAACCAAAUGCAAUAUUUGCAAAGGAAAAUGUUUUAAAACCAAAUGCAAUAUUUCUUAUUGGGCAAGUCCAGGUACUCCCUCCCUGUUUCCGUCCGUUUUCUUUCAUUUGGUUAAUAAACACAACCCAGGCAUGUAGAGUUGGCAACAGAUGUUGAGGCAGCAUUGCCAUGAGACUGUAACCAUUAGCCUCUCCUCAAAAUGUCCCUCCAUUUUGGCUACCACUCCCCACUCACCCAACUCACUUUACAUUUCUUACAGCUUCAAAGUUUAUGCUGUCAUUUUCAGCCCACAUUCUUCCAUAGAAAAUGUUUAAAUGAGAAUGACAUGAUCAAAACAUGCUAUUUUAAUUUGAGAUUGUUAUCAACAAUGCAUUUACAACUCAUAUAACAUGUCCAUAUGAAUUGACAAGGCAUUGAUUAUAGCAUAGCCUAUGUCUUCAGUUGUCUUGACCUCAUUGGAAGUGGUCCCUCAGUGUAAGUUGGUUAUGCAUUUCUCUGCUUUUCCAAAGCUAUUUAGCUAUUACAUGUGACAUUGCUGUCAUCUUAUUUCAACACAUUUGUGACUUUGAUUUCUGGCUAUUUAUGGAAUAUUAUUAGCCUAUGCUUGUCCAUUUAUCUGGCAUUGUGUGUGUGUGUGUGUGUGUGUGUGUGUGUGUGUGUGUGUGUGUGAUCUAUUAUAUUUAUUUAUGUAUUUACAUUUAGUGACCUCUCCCUCAAUCUCCAUAAUACCAGAAUUGUACCAGAAAGAGUUCAACACUUUUCUUGAUUUACUUCCAUCCAUUUUUUUCUCUGUGCUAGCACAGCGCAUUGAGUGGUACCACAGAAUUAAGAGAAAGAGAGGCUGGUUCUGAAACUAUGAAACCUCCUCCAGUAGGCGUGAUUCCGGAUAAUCUGAAGUGCAAAAAAACGACUGAAUUUCCUGUAUGAGAAAGUCUCCUCUUGCGCAGCAUCAGAGACCGAACCGUUGGACUAGGGAUACAGAGAAGUUGUACGCUCUAUUUUGUAAAGGUGUUAUAGUUUGGCUAUUACAUUUACCCUAGCCAUAUAAUCAUAGAACUACUUUAGCAUUAACCUCUCAGGGAAGAACAAAACAGGCAGAUAUUUGGAGUUGCUGCUUGACAGCCACAAGCGCUUUGCCUUUAAAAGGAUUUAUUAUCGUACUGGAGAGGAAGGGACCCGAUUCUCACCAUGUCCAGAGUCGCAGAUCUGUCAAAAAUCCGACAAGAGAGAAUGAGAGAUAUUAGUUUACGGGUGAGUAGAUGUAUUUGGAGGCUUGCUAUUACUGAUAACGUGUUACUGGCAAACUUCUGACAAGAAAAGUGAAAUGCGCAAAAAGCAAGUGUUUCUAGAGCAUCUGUACAUACGACUAAUAAAACAUAACUUGUAGAUGUCAUUUUAGAAUGGGAGACAUUAUCUUACAUUUGGUUAUAAUGAUAACGUUUAGAUUGCUAUAAUCAUUGCAGAAACACGGAGGCUAUUUUUCAGGAAGUUUGCGCAAUAUGGAGAUACUUUACAAAAGCAAGCGGGGCGCUUGGCAAUGAUGCAGCCCGUAUGGCAAUGAUGCAGCCCAUAUGAUGAGAACUGGUUUGGGUACGCUGGAAGCUUCUACUGUUCAUCACCUUUUUCUGUUUGGGCAUGAUUCUCCAGGCACCCAGAGGUGUUGCCACGUACUGGAAAGCCAACAUAGUCACUGGAAGUAACAGUUUCCAUAUUUGCAGUUUUCCAAGUAGGCUAUAUCUAGGCCUAUGAGACACAGCUAAAAUAACUUAUGUUUGUAAGUUUUACUAUUUUGAUUAGUGUAAUAUUUGAUUAAAUAUGACGUGUGUACCAUUUUGCCUUCCUAUUAGACUGAUACAGCAGGUACUGAUUCAAUGAGUAAAUAUGCUCUACUAUACAGCACUGAUCUAGGGUUGCAUGUGUGGAUGUUUGAUUUGAUCAAGAUCCUGUGUGCAAUAGCAAUGUGUGUGCGUGUGCGCUGGUUUCAGGGAGUGAGGACUGAAUGUGCCCUUAUUUUAUUUUUUAUGUAGUGAUCUUGUGUGUAAGGGAGGACUAUAUGCAUUUGCGCUCAGUGUGUGUUUGACUAUAGCAAUGGUUGCCAUAGAAAUGCCACUGUUGGUGUGAUAGUAUCUGCUUUCUCUGGCACAGUGGAUGGCUGAGAACCUUGGCUUGCCAGCGCCAUAUAAACAUCACUUUCCUGCAUUGGGGUGUAUGGGCGCGCAUGUUGUGUGUAUUUAUUGAACGUGAACAUAGUAUUGGGGUCAGUGCCACCAAAUCUAUUGGACACUCAUACACUACUACAAACUGGACAGUUAGAGGCUUUGCGUGGUCAACACAAAUUCAGGAGACACCUAUGCUUCAAGUAAUUUUGCUGGUGUCCUCAGUUCAAAUUACACAUCGACUCCACUACACUAAUCAGACCUGAGUUGAAAUAGUAUUUGUUUUCUCUCAAAUACUUUGUUUCACAGAGCCUGCUUGGAGUGCCAUAUGGGUGGGGUUUGUACUUUCGGGAGUAUUCUUUUGGUUUCUUUGCACCAGGCAAGGUCAAGCAAUCAAGUAUUUGAAAAAAAUAACAUCUGAACCCAGGUCUGUCCCUAAUAAAGGCUGAUAAACACUGCCCUAGUAUAUCAAAGUCAAUAUUGUUUUACUGAAACGCUUAUUACAACCCCUGCUGUUGAUGUUUUAAACCUCAUUUGCUUUGUCUAGUCCCUAGCACUCCUACACACCCUUGUAAUUUGAACCCUGAUUAAAUAGUAACAUUCCAGGUACAAUUAGUGACCAGAGUAAAAACCUUCAUCACUAUGUGAUUCCAUAUUUUAUUAUUUUGAUCGGUAUUGCUACCGGUAUGUAUGGUUGGUGGUUGUGUUGAACUUAACCAAACAAAAUAGGAAUACUUCCUACAGUACAGGAGUGAGGUGGGAGGGAGCUAUUGCAGUCUAUAGCACACAGGGGAAACUGUAGGCGUGAAUGUGUUCGAACGAGAGGGCCGAGGGCGAAGGACAAAGCUCGAGAGUUAGAAAUAAAGUGAGGGAGAAGGAGUGAGUGAGAGAGAGGGAUGGAUGGAGAAAGAUGGUGUGUGUGAGAUGCAGAGAGAGAGGGAGGGAGAAAUGGAGGAUAUGACUUCCCGUAGAGCGCAAUGACCUGAGUUGUGUGUUCAGGUUGAGGGGAUAAAGAAAAUGUCACAUCAGAAUCUGAUCCAGAGGCAGCCACUCUCUCUCUCUCACACACACUAGUCAAUAUUAGACUGACUCCCCGUGAUCUUUUGUCCUGUAUGGUAUGUCGUUCAGGGAGACUAAACUUGAAUCCACCUCAGGCUCUGAUUUGCCCAGCAUCCCUCCAGAGGAAAGAAACCAGGUUACAGGGCCACCUCAAUCCACACAGCAGUUACAGAUCAGUCAUUAAUCUGGAGCAUACGCGCACACACACACACACACACACACACAUUUGAUGUCACCGCACAUACCAACAUACAGGAAACAUGGAUAUUUUAGGAAACACACAUACACACUGUAUAAUAGAGGUGUGAAACAUACUUUGUGUUGUGUGUGUAUUUAUCAGUGACUCGGUGAAGUAAACCGGUGGAAUCCCGUGUCUUUCUCAGUGUUUUAUGUCCUGACACCUUUUAAUGACAGCACAAACUAACUUCAGCUAAAACAGCGUUUAUAGGGAGGACGUCUAGAUCUGCCUGUCUCUAUCUCACCCCAUCUAUUCUUUCACUCCCUUAUGUAUUGCUCACUUUAGAACCUAAGCCAAUUCUACAGCACUACGCUGUAUAUUGAGAGAAGAGGAGCGUGCAAAAAGAGAGCGAGAGAGAGAAGGAAGUGUGCUUUUGCCUCUGAUGCAUCAGAAAUGACUCAUUCUUAACUUCGUUGGUAUAGUUCUUGUUGUUUUCCUGUAAAAAUGUUAGUGCUUUGCAUAGCUGCAUCAAAAUAACAUUUGACUUUGACCAGCAAUUAGGGACAGUGCAGAUGUAGAGGUUUUCGAAGUCAACCCUGAAUUUCAUGGGUCAUCACUGAGGUGCUGAUGCUAAAAUGUAACGGUAGUAUUGGCAAAUGUUAACUUUUGGACAUCACUAUGCCAACUGCUGCUAUUUUGAACGUGUCUCUCUUGCAAAAUACAUUUAUCUCAAUGGGACAAACUUAUAUAAAUAAAGGUUAAAUAAAAAAACUAAACUGUACAAGUAGUCUCUGGAUGGAUUCAGAGCAGUGUUUCUCAACUCCUGUCCCCGCAACCCACAUUUUUGUUUCAACCAAGCCCUAACACACAAUUCAACCUGAUGUGAUGAAUCAUCGACUCAUUAAGUCUUGUUUUGUCAACCAGACAAUUUAUCAGGUGUGUUAGUGCUGUGUGGAAAAUGAGAUUGUGGAAAACACCAUGGCGGUCAUUGUCUAGACAUUUACAACUUGGAAAUAUUAUUAUUAUGACAUGGCAAACUACAGAGUAUUUGAUUUUGUGGAAUGUUAUACAGUCAAUCUGGCUAGCAUGGGUUCCUGUUUUAUUGUAAAGUUCAUGUGAUCAUCACAAGGCGUCCUCCAAUUUUCUUUUCAAUAGCAUCCUCCAACCGAGAAAAGAGACAGAAGGCAAUGAUAGAGAGAGUGGGAGGUAGUGAGUGAGAAGGUGGAGAAAUACAGUGAAAAUGCAGACCCACAUCUAUUGUGUUUCAUUAUAGGUCUCUCUCUCUCUCAUUCAUAUAUAUAUAUAUAUAUAUAUAUAUAUAUAUAUAUAUAUAUAUAGAUAUAGAUAUAGAUAGAUAUAGAUAUAGAUAUAGAUAUAGAUAGUUAUAGAUAUAGAUAGAUAUAUAUAUAUAUAUAUAUAUAUAGAGAUGGAUGGAUGGAUGGAUGGAUAGAUGUAUGAAUAACUUCCUCUGCUGGUCAUCGCUGUCAGAAAAUUCUAACUGGUUCUAAAUGCUCUUACUUUUACAGUGACAUUUUGGUUUUGAGACCUACCCAUACAUACUGAUCUCACACACAAUCAAGUCUCAUGUAGUCCCUCUUUUGCCGCUGUUGCCCUAGCAACAGCUCACCCUGCACACUUUAGCCAUUAAAGAGGAAGCCUCCUCUGUCUACUUCCUGUGCAGGAUGGCAACAGACAAAAGGCUCUGACCUGUCCACCUUAUGUCAACGGUGCCAGUGUAUGUCAUCAGUGCAUUCUGUUUCUCUCCUUUUUCAUUUCCUCCCAGAAUAAGGAGAAAGAGCGCAUGAGGGAGAGGGAGAAAGAGGCGCGGGAAAGGGAGGCGCGCUACAGCAACGGGCACCUCUUCACCUCCCUCACCGUGUCGGGGACCACCCUCUGUUCAGCGUGCAACAAGAGCAUCACUGCCAAGGAGGCCCUCAGCUGCCCAAGUGAGUGGUGCUGCUACUACUACUACUACUACUACUACUACUACUACUGCUACUGCUACUGCUACUGCUACUGCUACUGCUACUACUCCUACCACUACCACUACCGCUACUGCUACUACUACUACUACCACUACACACACACAGCACCCAUAUAUAGUGUCCCUUAACUGCCCCAGUAAGCCUUGCCUACACACCACAUCCUUCAGAUACAGGCCUCAGCUACACAAAAAGAAUACCUCAGCAAACCACAAAGCACCUCAAAAACGUACCAUACCCUGUACCUCUAAAACCCUAACAUGCUUUAAAAUAAUGCAGCAUAAUUUAUCAGAACAUACAUUGUCACAUCACUGGCAGAAUAUCGGGGCACUACCAAAGGGAACAAUCUACACAAUCUAUACCAUUCCUUUACAACCAAAUCAACCUGUUAACUCUCCAAACAAGCUACAACACAGUAAUAAACUACAAUGUGACUAUGAAUUCCGUUAAAGUAGUUAGAUUAUGGACAUUGAUCUACAUGCAGUCAGAUAAUGGGUGAGAGUUGGAGAUGGGGAGCUUCACACCCAACUCAAAAACACCUGUCCACUGUCAUCGUCACAGCCACAUUGGCCUAGAAGGAGCUGCAGCCCAAUGUGUUUUCAUUAUAUUUGAUUUAACUUACAUUAGAUUGUGGUGGAAUACAUUUGGUUUGGGUCUUAUGCUUAGUAUUACUUUUUUAAAUAUGUAAAUAGUAGGAAUACAUUUUGCCACACAGUUCACACACACAUACAGACCCAGUCCUGCUCGUGUCACACACACCCACUCCCUUUCCUGUUAUGCCGUGAGCCAGUGCACCUCCCCUACUUCACUUUUUCUGCUGUUAGCAUUUCUUCACUGUCUUUCUCAACCAAACCUGAUGCAGUUUUUCAGACAGAGGGUUGGUCACAGAUAACAAAAACAGACCCUGUGUUGUGUCAGGAUUGCAUGCCCCUGUUCAGAUAAUAGUCCCGCUGUUGUCAGAACUGUGCAACCUGUGCUGGCCCUGCACCAGGCUCUGCUCUGAUAUCCCACUGCUAACGUAGCCAGGCGCUAACUCAGUUCCUUGCAGGCUCUUCCUAUUUUGAAGGGGAGUUAUAGGUCAAAGGUCACUUUUUUGUUUUUUUCUUACAGCGUUCAAAUUCCUAAUACUCAAUUAUGAAAUACGGAAAUGAGUUCACGGUAAUACUUAGGGGUUGGGCAGGAUGUCCUGAAUACCAUGGAUGCUCGAACACUCACCAGACUUUGUUUGACUUGAUUUCACGGCACCAAAUCAAACAGGUGAUAGCAAAAACAGUCUUCACUCAAAAUAUUGUCUUAAAAGAUAUCUUUAAAUUCAUUUUUUACUGCAACAGGGAGUCAGGAUUGCCUUCUUCAGUGCGUAAGCCUACUAAGUAAGCUUUAAAUCCAGAUUUGGGUCAGACAAGUGUUAAGGGUGGGCGGUGGAGGAGCAGUGGAACUGAGUUAGAGGGUUCCAAAACACCCCUGGGUCUCCUCCCCUCCGCCAGUUGUCUGAACCCUAACUUCCUGUUCACAAACCCUGCACAGGAAGUCAAACUGAUUUAAAACAAUGGCCACAAACGAGGCAGGGGGGAUAAGUGCAAGAUGCAGGCGAUGAAAAGAGAUGUGGGAAGAGAGUGAGAAAGAGAGGGAGAUGCUCACCAUAUAUUCAAAGUGUCUCCAUAUUCGAUAAAGGUUGACAUAUAAAAUAGAGGGUCAAAAUAUAAAUAUAGGGUAGGGGGGACAUUGAGAGUGAGAGCAGAGUGGGAGAGGAGAGAGAGAAAAUAGUUGAGUGAGUCUCUUGUGUGUUUAUUUUUCUCACAGCCUGCAGUGUCACCAUCCACAACCGCUGUCGAGACACGUUGCCCAACUGUGCCAAAAUGAAACAGAGGGUAAGAGAUGAUAAUACUGAAUAAAUAUAUAGGAAAAUAUAUUGGAAGUAUAUAGUUUUCAUACAAUUCCAUACCAUAUAAUAUAUACAAUAAACAUUAGACUUGUGCAUUUCCAUGACACAUAAAAUGAAGGGAAUUGCACAAGAAAUGCACAUUAAUGAAUUGUGUAAUAUAUGGAUAUUUGCCUUUUGAUAUGCUGUCUGUAUAUUGCAACCUUAUUCUACUACAUAUACAAGUAUGUAAUAAUAAGUGGUAUAUGAUAUUAAACUGUACUGUAUGUAACCACAGCAACAGAAGAUGGCUCUCAUGAGGAACAACUCAGCUCUGCAGAACGUGACCCUUCGUACUAAAAGUGAGUACAUGCAAACACACACCACACGCUACACACUUCGAAUUCUUUAUUACAUACGCGAAGGAAAACUUAUUUUUCACUAUUGGACUAGAAUGUAAUAACAAUGUCAGUUUUGCAAUUGAGCAAGAGUUGUUAUAGUUUCACUUUUAAACCCCUUAAUUGCAUCUGUGGAGACUCUUUUUUCACUGAGAGUUUUCCUUUUACGUUAUUCCACUAUAUUUCUCCUCCUCUUCCCCUUCCUCCUCUAUUCCCUCCUCUUCUUCCUUCCCCUCUUUCUCCUACUCCUCUUCCCCUCCUCCUCCUUUAUCUACUCCUUGUUAGCCCCCAUGAUGAGGGAACGCCCCAGCUCAGCCAUCUACCACUCUGACAACCUCCGCCAAUCACUGCUGGGCUCGCGCCGUGGACGCUCCGGCCUUUCCCUCUCCAAGAGCGUCUCCACCAAUAACAUUGCAGGGUGAGCCCCGCCACCGCCUGCUCAUUGGCCAAAACAGAAAAAGGGGGAUGGUACGAGGGAAACCACAGGCAAUCUUGUCCUUGACAUUAAUAGUGGCAUCAUGCCUAUAUACAGUACGAGACAAAAGGUUGGACACACCUACUCAUUCCAGGGUUUUUCUUUAUUUUUACUGUUUUCUACGUUGUAGAAUAAUAGUGAAGACAUCAAAACUAUGAAAUAACACAUAUGGAAUCAUGUAGUAACCCAAAAAGUGUUAAAUAAAUCAAAAUAUAUUUUAUAUUUGAGAUUCUUCAAAGGAGCCACCCUUUGCCUUGAUGACAGCUUUGCACACUCCUGGCAUUCUCUCAACCAGCUUCAACAGGAAUGCUUUUCCAACAGUCUUGAAGGAGUUCCCACAUAUGCUUAGCACUUGUUGGCUGCUUUUCCUUCACUCUGCCGUCCGACUCAUCCCAAACCAUCUCAAUUGGGUUAAGGUUGGGGGAUUGUGGAGGCCAGGUCAUCUGAUGCAGCACUCCAUCACUCUCCUUCUUGGUAAAAUAGCCCUUACACAGCCUGGAGGUGUGUUGAGUCAUUGUCCUGUUGAAAAACAAAUGAUAGUCCCACUAAGCCCAAACCAGAUGGGAUGGAGUAUCGCUGCAGAAUGCUGUGGUUGCCAUGCUGGUUAAGUGUGCCUUGAAUUCUAAAAAGAUCACAGACAGUGUCACCAGCAAAGCACCCCCACACCAUAACACCACCUCCUCCAUGCUUUACGGUGGGAACUACACAUGCGGAGAUCAUCCUUUCACCCACAGCGUCUCACAAAGACACGGCGGUUGGAACCAAAAAUCUCAAAUUUGGACUCCAGACCAAAGGACACAUUUCCACCGGUCUAAUGUCCAUUGCUCGUGUUUCUUGGCCCAAGCAGGUCUCUUCUUAUUAUUGGUGUCCUUUAGUAGUGGUUUCUUUGCAGCAAUUCGACCAUGAAGGCCUGAUUCACACAGUCCCCUCUGAACAGUUGAUGUUGAGAUGUGUCUGUGACUUGAACUCUGUGAAGCAUUUAUUUGGGCCUACAAUUUCUGAGGCUGGUAACUCUAAUGAACUUAUCCUCUGCAGCAGAGGUAAGGAAAAGCAGCCAACAAGUGCUAAGCAUAUGUGAGAACUCCUUCAAUACUGUUGGAAAAGCAUUCCAGGUGAAGCUGGUUGAGAGAAUGCCAAGCUGUCGUCAAGGCAAAGGGUGGCUAUUUGAAGAAUCUCAAAUAUAAAAUAUGUUUUUAUUUGUUUAACACUUUUUUUGGGUUACUACAUUAUUACAUUUGUGUUCUUUCAUAGUUUUGAUGUCUUCACUAUUAUUCUACAAUGUAGAAAAUAGUAAAAAUAAAGAAAAACCCUUGAAUGAGUUGGUGUGUCCAAACUUUUGACUGGUACUAUAUAUAUGUAUGUAUGUAUGUAUUUAUAUUUUGUGUGUGUAUAUAUGGUGUUUUAUCAGUUUUGGUUUGGUCUUACAAGGUUCAGACAUGUAUAAUAGCUAUCAGCAGUUGAUGAUAGAGGAGCAAUGGCAGUUUACGUUCUACUGAAUGUGUGAACUAGCAUGUUUACCUACACAUGGCAUAUGCCUCAUCUCUAUGUGUAUGUGUGUCUCAGGACAUAAGCAUGAAUAGUAAUAUUCACAGUGGCUCAUACAUUGGUGCGUUUUGUGAUUUUGUACCAUUGUAAUCGUGUGUGUCUGUGUAUCCAAAUGCAUGGAUGGGUGUGUGUGUGUGUGUGUGUGUGUUUUGUCUCUGCUUGUCCUCUGUGUGAUUGUAUCUAUAUCACCGUUUCUUUCUUUUUUGGUUUUCUGUGUACUCAUACAUAUUUAUGUGGAUGGUUUCUGUGUGCGUGUGUGUAUACCGUACCUGCAUGUUUCUUGGUGCAUGUGUAUAUAUGUGUAUUUGUAUUUUUGUCCUGGUAUGUAUGUGUGUGUCCUCGUCCAUGCUUCUGCAUAGGAACCUGAAUGAUGACUCUCCCUUGGGGCUGCGCAGGAUCCUGUCCCAGUCCACAGACUCGCUCAACUUCAGGAACAGAGCCAUGUCCAUGGAGUCGCUCAACGACGAGGGUAAGACACAGUGAUGUGGUUGGGACUGACUGGGAUUGAAUGUGGGACAUUUGUGCUCCGUAUUUGCUACUGAUCUUAAGCCUAGGCGCACAUAUUGUGUAGCAUAUGCAAGUCUUUGGGUCUGGGACAAGGUUGCAUCCAUUACAUAGGGAAAGCCUCAGGGAUAUUGGCAACUGUCAUGUCCAUGUCUACAUUGAAAGUGUUGUAAGAAAAAAGGAUUGAUUGUCAGGAGAGACUUUAGAACUGUGAACAUUUGAGGCAUUGAUGGUCUGUUUUAGUCCAUUUGUUGUUUAUGCUGGAUGAAUGUUGUUUUCCUCUCUCAGGGGAAGUGUAUUACACCUCCAUGCUGGAGGAAAUGGAGAUCGAGGGGCGGGAUUUUGAGGCAGACUCAUGGAGCAUGGCGGUGGACUCAGGCUACCUGCAGACGCAUCGCAAAGACAUCAUCAAGAGGCAGGACGUCAUCUAUGGUGAGAGCAGUGACAUGCACUUGAAACUCUUUCCCUUUGUGGUGAAAAGGCCGUGGGCUGGGCAAUGAAAAAGUGGCAACUGGAGGGGGCUACUUUUUUCAGAUCAUGGCCACAAUCCACUACUGUUGUGCUUUGAGCAAGGUACUUAACCCCGACAUAGCUCCAGGGGUGCAGUUGACCCUGUGCCUCCUCCCAAAUUGUAAUGUGUGUUCUACGUGUUUCUGGCAGGUUAUGAACAGAGCAAAAAAAUGAAUUUUCUUUCGCCUGAUGGACAAUCAAAGUUGUAUUCUAUUCUAUACCCAUGUUACAUGAUCGACUCUAUCUUUGCGUUUCUGUUUUCCUCAGAGUUGAUCCAGACAGAGCUGCACCAUGUGCGGACGCUGCGCAUCAUGGAGCGGGUGUUCUGCCAGGGCAUGCUGGAGGAGGUGCAGCUGGAGCCGGGCGUGGUGCACGCCAUCUUCCCCUGCCUAGACCGUCUCACCGCCAUACAUGGCCGCUUCCUGACACAGCUGCUUACCCGGCGCAACCACAGCCUACAGCCUGGCAGCACCUACAACUUCACUAUCCACCAGCUGGGAGAUGUGCUGCUGGAACAGGUAGACAGACCUGGAAAUUAUACCCACUGCCUUAUGUGAUGUAUACAUUUACCAUCCUAGUGGAUCAUUCAUUCUUUGCAAGACCUGAGAAACUAUCUGGCCUUGAUGGUCAUAUGUAAUCUUAACUACACUGUACAAACAGAGGAGUAUGGGCCUCCCCUGGUUCCUCUCGAGGUUUCUUCCUUCUAGGGAGUUUAUCCUAGCCACUCUGCUUUUGAUUGGUCUUUGGGGUUUAGGCCGGGGUACUUUAAAUGGAUUUGAUUGAUUUGAUUGAUUGACGGAUUGAUUGUUUCUCUCAGUUCUCGGGCCAGUGUGCUGACGAGAUGAGGAAGACCUACGCUGAGUUCUGCAGCCGCCACCUGAAGGCUGUCAAGCUGUACAAGGAGCUGCUGGCCAGAGACAAAAGGUUCCAGUACUUCAUACGGGUAAGACAGAGGGAGAAAGAGAAAAACAAGAGAGGGAGAACAAGUGAUGUGACUUUGUGCAAUUUUUUACUUCUAAAACUAUGUUUUUUGGAAUGCUUUGGCAGUAUUCACAGAAUGUAUGUAAUGUCAAUAAAAAACCUUGAAUUGAGAUUGAGAGAGGAGGGGGAUAGAAUGAACAAAUGAGACUGAGGGAGAGCUUUUGUGUUUUUUUUAUAUUUUAAUAAACCCACACAUUUUGUCACCGCUACUAAGGUCUUACUUGUGAUGAUCAUGCUAUUUGGUAGUUUCAUAUUCCUUAGCAGAGAGAAAGAGUGAGCGAGGGGGCACAGAGAAAUAAAAAUAGGCCAAUGGGAAUGUGCGUGUUUGUGUACAUGUACUUUUUCUAUUGUAAAUUGUGUGUUUUAUCUCUCAUUUAGAUUUAAAGCUCUUCAAGCUAGUUUUGAAGUUGUAUCAUUCAUAUCAAUUGAUAUCUCCAGAAUUCCGGUAAAAAAAAAUAUUUGCACUUGAUUGCAUUACAAAACACUAAUAUGUGUUGUUUUCCAUCCAUCCUUCUCUGUUUGCCGCUUUUCCUGUUUUUUCUCACCCUUUUUGUCUUGUUCAUAUUCAUGUCUUCCUUUUUCUCCUGCUCCUGCACUCUUAUACCCUCUCUUUCACUCUCUUCUCUCCCCUCUCCUUUCCCUCUCUCACACUCUCGUGCUCACUUUCACACUAACGCUUUAUUUAUCUUUCUCUCUCUCUCUCCCUUCUGUCUCUUUCGUCUUUAAUCUAUCUUUCCCGCUCUCUGUUCAGCGGGUGUGUCGGGGUCACCUGUUGCGUCGCCAUGGCGUCCAGGAGUGCAUCCUGUUGGUCACUCAGCGCAUCACCAAGUACCCCGUCCUCAUCCAGCGUAUCCUUGACAACACCAAGGGUGAGAACAAGACCCCGUUGAUACUGCAACUGAAACCAGGGGCGAGUAUUUGAUCCCCUGCUGAUUUUUGUACAUUUGCCCACUGACAAAGAAAUGAUCAGUCUAUAAUUUAAAUGGUAGGUUUAUUUGAACAGUGAGAGACAGAAUAACAACAACAAAAAAUCCAGAAAAACGCAUGUCAAAAAUGUUAUAAAUUGAUUUGCAUUUUAAUGAGGGAAAUAAGUAUUUGAUCCCCUCUCAAUCAGAAAGAUUUCUGGCUCCCAGGUGUCUUUUAUACAGGUAACAACCUGAGAUUAGGAGCACACUCUUAAAGGGAGUGCUCCUAAUCUCAGUUUGUUACCUGUAUAAAAGACACCUGUCCACAGAAGCAAUCAAUCAAUCAGAUUCCAAACUCUUCACCAUGGCCAAGACCAAAGAGCUCUCCAAGGAUAUCAGGGACAAGAUUGUAGACCUACACAAGGCUGGAAUGGGCUACAAGACCAUCGCCAAGCAGCUUGGUGAGAAGGUGACAACAGUUGCUGCGAUUAUUCGCAAAUGGAAGAAACAUAAAAUAACUGUCAAUCUCCCUCGGCCUUGGGCUCCAUGCAAGAUCUCACCUUGUGGAGUUGCAAUGAUCAUGAGAACGGUGAGGAAUCACCCCAGAACUACAUGGGAGGAUCUUGUCAAUGAUCUCAAGGCAGCUGGGUCCAUAGUCACCAAGAAAACAAUUGGUAACACACUACGCCGUGAAGGACUGAAAUCCUGCAGCGCCCGCAAGGUCCCCCUGCUCAAGAAAGCACAUAUACAGGCCCGUCUGAAGUUUGCCAAUGAACAUCUGAAUGAUUCAGAGGAGAACUGGGUGAAAGUGUUGUGGUUAGAUGAGACCAAAAUGGAGCUCUUUGGCAUCAACUCAACUCGCUGUGUUUGGAGGAGGAGGAAUGCUGCCUAUGACCCCAGGAUCACCAUCCCCACCGUCAAACAUGGAGGUGGAAACAUUAUGCUUUGGGGGUGUUUUUCUGCUAAGGGGACAGGACAACUUCACCGCAUUAAAGGGACGAUGGACGGGGCCAUGUACCAUCAAAUCUUGGAUGAGAACCUCCUUCCCUCAGCCAGGGCAUUGAAAAUGGGUCGUGGAUGGGUAUUCCAGCAUGACAAUGACCCAAAACACAUGGCCAAGGCAACAAAGGAGUGGCUCAAGAAGAAGCACAUUAAGGUCCUGGAGUGGCCUAGCCAGUCUCCAGACCUUAAUCCCAUAGAAAACCUGUGGAGGGAGCUGAAGGUUCGAGUUGCCAAACGUUAGCCUCGAAACCUUAAUGACUUGGAGAAGAUUUUCAAAGAGGAGUGGGACAAAAUCCCUCCUGAGAUGUGUGCAAACCUGGUGGCCAACUACAAGAAACGUCUGACCUCUGUGAUUGCCAACAAGGGUUUUACCACCAAGUACUAAGUCAUGUUUUGCAGAGGGGUCAAAUACUUAUUUCCCUCAUUUAAAAUGCAAAUCAAUUUAUAACAUUUUUGACAUGCGUUUUUCUGGAUUGUUUUGUUGUUAUUCUGUCUCUCACUGUUCAAAUAAACCUACCAUUAAAAUUAUAGACUGAUCAUGUCUUUAUCAGUGGGCAAAGGUACAAAAUCAGCAGGGGAUCAAAUACUUUUUUCCCUCACUGUAUCAAUCAUGCUCACUUUAGAAUAAAACAUAUAUUGUUGGGGGAAGCUAAAUGUAAUGGGCCUCCCGAGUGGCGCAGUGCCACUAGAGAUCCUGGUUCGAAUCCAGGCUCUGUCGUAGCCGGCCGCGACCGGGAGACCCAUUGGGCGGCGCACAAUUGGCAUAGCGUCGUCCAGGGUAGGGGAGGGAAUGGCCGGCAGGGAUGUAGUUCAGUUGGUAGAGCAUGGCGUUUGCAACGCCAGGGUUGUGGGUUCGAUUCCCACGGGGGGUAUAUAAAAAAUGAAAAUGUAUGCACUCACUAACUGUAAGUCGCUCUGGAUAAGAGCAUCUGGUAAAUGACUAAAAUGUCAAUGUAAAUGUAAUGUGGUGUAUCAAAAAAGACAGAUAUCUCAUUUAUCCAAACUAUGCCUUUUAUAUCAUGAGACGAGGUCCUCAGAACUAACUAAAAGCGCAGAGUCUUUAAAGUCAAUGACGGAGGAUGGGAAAAAACAGCACUACUAAUAAUAUGUCUAACCCCCUUAUAUCCCCCUCUCUUUCUCUCUCCCUUAACCAGACAAUGAAGAGGAGGCCUCCUGUCUGACCCAGUCUCUGAUUCAGAUCAGGGAGCUACUCACCUCAGUGGACCAGCAGGUGCUUUACACAUCUAUUAAUCCAUUUAUAGUUUUAUUUACUCAGGUUAUUACUGAGAUGCACUAACACCUGUUAGUCAGACUGAAAUAAAGGAUGCCAUUUUUACUUUAUCUAUAAACCCGACCUUUUACUAUGUCCAUGAGAAAGUGGCAAUUACACAGUGCAGAAAGUGCAUUGCACACUGACACUAUUGUGAACCAGGGUUUUGUUCAUUAGGGCAGGGGUUCCCAAACUUUUUAACUCUUGGGGGGGCCCCCCUUCCAGCAUUGGGGAACAUCCCGUUCCCCCCCCCUGCACCACAUCUAUUUCUAUGGGCACAAGCACUGUUCACACACGCAUACACACACACACAUAUAUAUAUAUAUAUAUAUAUAUAUAUAUAUAUAUAUAUAUAUAUAUAUAUAUAUAUAUAUAUAUAUAUAUAUAUAUAUACAUAUACAUACACAUCCUUUUUAAAAUUAUAUUUCCCUUCAUUACUUUCCAACCACACACCCCUCUUGUUGGUGGAGAGAAAUUUGCAGGUUUAAAGCUUAUUUCCAGCAAUUAUACACAUUUUGUCAUAGAGUGCAAAGAAAAGUGUUAAGAUUUCCCUUCACUGGAACUAAGGGGCCUAGACCGAACCAUGAAAAACAGCCCCAGACCAUUAUUCCUCCUCCACCAAACUUUACAGUUGGCACUAUGCAUUGGGGCAGGUAGCGUUCUCCUGGCAUCCGCCAAACCCUGAUUCGUCCUUCGGACUGCCAGAUAGUGAAGCGUGAUCCAUCAAUCCAGAAAACGCGUUUCCACUGCUCCAGAGUCCAAUGGUGGCAAGCUUUACACCACUCCAGCCAACACUUGUUCAGAGACACAAAGACUACUCCAUGGCUAUUCUAAAAGUUGUAAUAGAGGAGUCAAAUAUUGGAGCACCUGAUACUAGCAAUGAUAGGGAUUGUAAUAUUAAAUAACAUUUAUAGUAAGUAUAGUAUUUUAUAAAAGGAUAAAACGAUAUAACAAGCAGAAUAAUACAUCUUUAAAUACAAAUAAUUAGAACAUGGCUUUUUUGGCGGGAGGUUGUUGUUUUGGCGGAUGGUUGUUGUGGUUGGUCCUGUAUUCUCUCUGGCGUCCUUUCCCCCUUGCGGCAGAUGUGGAUGCGGGUGCGUUUGCACGCUCGGCCCAUUUCUUCCGCAGUCAACCAUGUGAUGUGCAUUUUUGUGUUUGAAAAGGUGCGCCGUUAAGUGAGUGAGAGGGGAAAUGGUUGCAUAUCCCAGAGCCGACCGGGGGUCUAUGAGCAGGGGUAGUGAGAGAGAGCUUUCAAUUUUGUGUAGAUGAGGGAUAUACAUUUUUAAAUAUAGUAUACAUCUAAUCUAAUUAUUCAUUGUCCUAUCAUGAUGGAAAGAUCCCUAACCCUAUAACCUGGACACCCACCUGAGCGACCCAUACACCAAAGAGAAGUUCCCAUCUCUUUUAUGGACCUGCUGUGAAUAUGCAGCCUAAACAGAGAAAUAAAUGCGGUCAGAGACCUACUUGAGCAGCACCGCCCCCUCAAGAUUCUGAGCCUGCCUGGCAGGGUUGGUCCUACAAAGCCAGAGCCCCCUGAUGGGAGAGCAUAAUAUACAAGGAAAUUCUCAAAGCUGCUAAUGAGAACCUUGACGACCUUUUACCUAGCCGGUGGGGAUUCCGGUGGGGUACGCCCACCCAGGUAGUGGCAGUGCUGGCAACACUGGCUGCAGUAACCCAUGGGGAGGGGGUCAAACUCGGACAAUCAGAGAGGGGGUUUAUCAUUGUGGCACAAAAUAAUCAAAGGUCUGACCGCAUGGAGAUGCUUGGGAAAAUGGUUACAAUAGGGGAUCAGAGUGUUUGUGUCUCAGAUGAAGAGGGUGGAUCUGAUCUCCAUCACCUAGGACUUGACAUAGAUUAAGUAGAUUAAUCAAAUCUCACAUUGUUAUCAAUUUCUGCUCAAUCUGAAUGCUUUCUCAAUCAGCUUUAACUGUAUGUGCACUCGUAAAUCAAGUUAUUUCUCGAGUUGGGCUCUGGGAUAAAACAGCCGAUUUGAUUUUAUGGUGGAUUGUGGAGGAGGGGGGUUGAGUGUGUUGGAGUAUGUGAGUAUGUGCGUGUGUGCUUGUCUGGCAUCUGUUGUGGGGGGGUGGGGAUGUUGGGGGGGAGGGUAUGGGAUGGACCACGGGAAUUAUUUGCUAGGAUAAUAAUUGCUUGUCAAUGAAUUAAAUGUAAUACAAUGGCAAUCCGGGUUAUAUGUUAGAAUCCUACGCGUGAACUGCCGACAUUAUUACGCAUAUUAAUUGAUAAUGAUGGAAAAUAGGAUAUGCAUAAUUAAAAAAAAAAAUAGUUAUACAGAUAUAUAUAUAUAUAUGAGGUGAAAGCAUUGGAAAUGCUUUUGGCGGUUAAUCUGCUUCUGUUUUGUGGGUGGCACUGUGUGCUGUUUUCGAUGGAUGGGUCCUGGCCUCUCGGGGCCUUAGGGAUACGGAGGGACGUGGGUGGGAUGCUGAUCACUGGGAUGACGGCUCAACUUGGGAUGGGGAGGGGCUUUAGCGGGGGAAUUAGUGGAGAACAAUUGAAGGGUUACUCCGUAGCAAUGCAAAUAUCACGGUACAGCUAUAUGGACACUCAAUCAUUACGCUAUUUUUUAUUGGUAAAUUUACAAACAUAUAUAAUGAUAAAUAGACUUGAAACUUGUAUCUCGUUAUGGUGUAUGGUGAAAUAAGUAUAGCCAGUUAUAAUUGUAAUGGCUUAGCUGAUAAUAACAAAAGAAGAACAAUAUUUACAUGGCUCAAAGAGAAGGAAUAUAAUAUCUAUUGUAUACAGGAAACUCAUUCAACAAUUCGAGAUGAAGUAGCGUGGAAAAAAGAAUGGGGGGGGGGGGGGGAAAUAUACUUCUCCCAUGGGCAAAGAAAUUCAAAAGGGGUGAUGAUAUUAAUUAAUAGUAAUUUCGAUCCGAAUGUGCAAAUUGUCCAAAUAGAUACGCAAGGUAGAUGGAUUAUUUUAAAUAUGUUAUUGGACCAUAAACAGAUAUGGCUCAUUAACCUUUACGGACCAAAUAAUGAUGAUCCACAAUUCUUUGACAAUAUAUAUAAUAAAUCAUGAAGCCUGCAAGCAACUCAAGACAAUAUUAUUAUGGUGGGGGAUUAUAAUACUGUUUUAAAUAGCUCAAUGGACCGUAAAGGAAAUCACACCACAAACAAUCACCCACAUGCUCUUAAGGAAAUUGUGAAUGUCAUGGAUACAUUAGAACUAGUAGAUAUAUGGAGGCUUAAAUAUACUGAUCUAGUGAGAUAUACAUGGCGGAGACUGAAUCAAGCUAGUCGUCUUGACUUCUUUCUUAUCUCAUUCUCGUUGGCACCAAAAGUAAAAAAAAGUGUUGAUAGGGGACAGAAUGCGGUCGGACCAUCAUAUAAUAGGCAUAUACAUUACUCUUACUGAAUUUCCACGUGGGCGAGGAUAUUGGAAAUGUAAUCAAAGCCUAUUGGAUGAUAAUUUAUUUAUAAUUAGAACAAAGGAAUUUAUAACUGACCUUUUCCAACAUAACAUAGGUACAGCGAAUCCCCUUAUUGUAUGGGACACCUUUAAAUGUGCCUUUAGAGGCCAUGCAAUUCAGUACUCAUCUCAAAAACAAAAGCAAUUUAGGUCAAAAGAGUUUAUACUAAGAAAGGAAAUAGAAAGUCUAACAGAACAGAUAGAUGGCAAUAAAAACUGUAACAUAGAGGCUCAGAAUAAAUGAGAGGAAAAACAAAAAGAAAUGGAGAAACUUAUUCAAGAAAGAUCAAGUGUAAUAUAUUAUAAAAAUAAAGCAAACUGGAUGGAAUAUGGGGAAAAAUGCACAAAAUUAUUUUUUUAUCUUCAAAAAGAACUUAAAGAAACUGGUUACAAUUGACGGAGUCACCCAUAAUUCACCAAAUGAUACUCCUCAGUGGCGCAGUGGUCUAAGGCACUGCAUCGCAGUGCUAACUGUGCCACUAGAGAUGCUGGUUCGAAUCCAGGCUCUGUCGCAGCCGGCCGCGACCGGGAGACUCAUGGGCGGCGCACAAUUGGCCCAGCGUCGUCCAGGGUAGGGGAGGUAAUGGCCGGCAGGGAUGUAGCUCAGUUGAUAGAGCAUGGCGUUUGCAACGCCAGGGUUGUGGGUUCGAUUCCCACGGGGGGCCAGUAUAAAAAAUAUAUAUAUGUAUUCACUAACUGUAAGUCGCUCUGGAUAAGAGUGUCUGCUAAAUGACUAAAAAUGUUUAAAAAAAUGUAAAUGUAAUGAUAUUUUGAAGGAAGAAACAAAGUACUUUAAGCAUAUGUUUUCUUUUCAGUCGCCUCCAUCUCCUCUAACUGAAGCUAAUUGUAGAGAUUUUUUUUCUAUUGAUAAUGUCAAAUUAACAGCCACACAGAAAGACUCAUGUGAAGGUGAAAUUACAGAGGAGGAACUUCUGGAUGCAAUUAAAGACUUUAAGUCUGGGAAAACUCCAGGAUUGGAUGGCAUACCAGUCGAGGUAUACCAAACCUUUUUUGAUAUACUAAGAGGACCGUUAUUAGCAUGUUUUAACCACUCCUAUGUAAAUGGUAGAUUAUCUGACACUCAAGAAGAAGAUCUCAUUAUUACUGAAACAGGAUACAAGUGGAAAAUAUAAAGAUCCAGUCCAUUUACAAAAUUGGAGGCCCCUUACACUUCAGUGUUGUGAUGCAAAAAUCCUAGCAAAAUGUAUAGUGCAUAGAAUUAAAAAGGUAUUGUCGGAUAUUAUUCAUUCUAAUCAGACAGGUUUUUUACAUGGAAGAUACAUUGGAGAUAAUAUAAGGCAAGUAUUGGAAACAAUAGAACAUUAUGGAAAAUAUGGGAAACCAGGUCUGCUAUUCAUAGCAGACUUCGAAAAGGCAAUUGAUAAAGUUCGACUGGGGUUUAUAUAUAAAUGCCUGGAGCAUUUCAAUUUUGGAGAAUCCCUUAUAAAAUGGGUCAAAAUCAUGUAUAGUAACCCUAGGUGUAAAAUAGUAAAUAAUGGCUAUUUCUCAGAAAGUUUUAAACUGUCAAGAGGAGUGAAACAAGGUUGUCCACUAUCGGCAUAUCUAUUUAUUGUGGCCAUCGAGAUGUUAGCUAUUAAAAUCAGAUCCAAUAAUAAUAUCAGAGGAUUAGAAAUACAGGGCUUAAAAACAAAGGUGUCAUUGUACGCUGAUGAUUCAUGUUUUCUUUUAAAUCCACAACUAGAAUCCCUCCACAGCCUCAUAGAGGAUCUAGAUACAUUUUCUAACCUCUCUGGAUUACAACCAAAUUAUGACAAAUGUACUAUAUUACGUAUUGGAUCACUAAAAAAUACAAUUUUUACAUUACCAUGUAGUUUAUCAAUAAAAUGGUCUGAUGGUGAUGUGGAUAUACUCGGAAUACAUAUCCCAAAGGAAAUAAAUGAUCUCACUUCAAUACAUUUUAAUAGAAAGUUAGCAAAAGUAGAUAAGAUCUUACUACCAUGGAAAGGAAAAUACCUGUCAAUUUCUGGGAAAAUCACCCUGAUUAACUCUUUAGUAUUAUCCCAGUUUACCUAUUUGCUUAUGGUCUUGCCUACGCCUAGCGAACAGUUUUUUAAAUUAUAUGAGAAAAAAAUAUUCAAUUUUAUUUGGAACGGCAAGCCAGACAAAAUUAAAAGAGCAUAUUUAUAUAAUGAAUAAGAAUUCGGAGGACAGAAAUUAUUAAAUAUUAAAGCAUUAGACCUAUCACUAAAAGCUUCAGUCAUACAAAAGUUAUACUUAAAUCCAAACUGGUUCUCAAGCAAAUUAGUAAGAUUGUCUCACCCAAUGUUCAAGAAAGGCCUUUUUCCCUUUAUUCAGAUUACAACCUCUCACUUUCAGUUAUUUGAAAAGGAAAUAAUCUCCCAAAUGUCACUAUUUCUAAAGAAAGUAAGGAACUUGUCUGUCGGCCUUGCAUUAAAGAACAUAAUUGGUUAAGGAAAACUGUGAUAAAUAAAAAAGUAUAUCAGUUUCACUUAAGGACCAAAGGAUUGACAGCCGUCCCAUAUAGAUUGCAAAAUUGUUGGGAAGAGAUCUUUGACGUACCGAUCCCAUGGCAUAGUGUUUAUGAACUGACACGCAAAACGACACCGGAUUCAAAAAUUUGAAUCUUUCAAUUUAAAUUAUUAUAUAAAAUUCUUGCUACCAAUAGAAUGUUAUUUAUAUGGGGGAUACAAUCUUCCCAGCUCUGCAGAUUUUGCUGUGAAGAGACAGAAUCAUUAGAUCAUUUGUUUUGGUUCUGUCCAUUUGUAGCUUGUUUUUGGACACAGGUCCAAAAACAAUUCACAAUCUGUAGAAGCAAUGAGAAUAGAAAGGUUCAGAACUUUUGUAAAACAUCACAGUACGGUUGAAAUAUAUAUGGCAAAUAGAAAUCCUAUAUGGAUGGUGUUAAGAGAUAGGUUGUAUGUUGGGAGCUUUUGGGAAAGAGCACAGUUAGAAAGAUAUGGCAUAUAGAAGCAAACCGGAUGGACAUCAUGAAAAUGAUCGGAGAGGUUGAGAGUAGAAGAAGUUCAGGAGCAAAAUUUUUUUUUUAAUAUAUAUAUAUGUAUAAUAGAAUUAUUGUCAAAUGAACUCUGUCCAUAAGGUGUAGAUAGUAAAUAUAGACCGGAAGUAGAGGCCUGGGCAUUGUUGUUCACUAAUUUACUCCAAGUAGGAAAAGGAUGGUGGGGUUGAAAAGUAAUAAAGGGGAGUAUAUAUAUAUAUAUAUAUAUAUAUAUAUAUAUAUAUAUAUAUAUAUAUAUAUAUAUAUAUAUAUAUAUAUAUAUAUAUAUAUAUAUUUUUUUUUUUAAACAUGGGGGAUUGGAAGUGAUGCAGACAAUUACAUUGAUAGAAGAUACAAUCUAUCUGCAAUAUUAAGCUGAUCCAUCCCCCCCCCAAAAAAUAAAUAAAAAUAAAAAUAAAAAAAUACACUUGGCGUUGCGCAUGGUGAUCUUAGGCUUGUGUGCGGCUGCUCUGCCAUAGAAAUCCAUUUCAUGAAGCUCGCGAUGAACAGUUAUUGUGCCGACGUUGCUUCCAGAGGCAGUUAGGAACUCGGUAGUGAGUGUUGCAACCGAGGACAGACUAUUUAUACGCACUAUGUGCUUCAGAACUCGCCGGUCCCGUUCUGUGAGCUUGUGUGGCCUACCACUUCGCAGCUGAGCCGUUGUUGCUCCUAGAUGUUUCCACUUCACAAUAACAGCACUUACAGUUGACCGGGACAGCUCUAGCAGGGCAGAAAUUUGACAAACUGACUUGUUGGAAAGAUGGCAUCCUAUGACGGUGCCACGUUGAAAGUCACUGAGCUCUUCAGUAAGGCCAUUCUACUGCCAAUGUUUGUCAAUGGAGAUUGCAUGGCUGUGUGCUCGAUUUUAUAGACCUGUCAGCAAUGGGUGUGGCUGAAAUAGCCGAAUCCGCUAAUUUAAAUGGGUGUCCACAUACUUUUGUAUAUAUAGUGUAUGCACUGGUGCCAUGACAAUCAAGUAGGGGUGGGGCAUGUUAUCAAGAUAACUCCAGUAAGGACUUUUACCCUUUGACAUUGGGUUGGGGGGGGGUGUGACGGGGCAUCUUUCCACAGGAAACACAACUUUUUGUAAAUUAUACAGGGGGAAGAGUUUGUGUGCUUAUUUAAGUUUUCUUCCCCUUUCUUGGCUUUUCUCGAGUUUCUUAGAACCCUGCUAGUUGGGUGGAGGUGGUGAUGAUGAUGGUUGCAUGAUGUUUAGACAGCUGCACUGGACAGUGAAAUAAUCCAUGCCGGGUAAAUGAAAACAAAGACAAGUAAUAACAGGCCAGCCAGGGUCCAAAGCAAGUCCCUAUAACACCAACAAAUGGGGGCUAAAGUGAGAGCUGAUCCCUUUCCAGUCACCACCAUUCACAAUGACAUCAGCAUUAAUGGUGUGUUAGUUAAAUGAAGUCUGCCAUAGAAUUAGGAAUUAUAAUAAUGUAAUAGGAUCUCUAUGUUAACAGCCCUCUGAUGUUCACUCGAGGAAUGAGCCUCCAUAUUAAUUACCCUAUGCCGAAUACAAAGCAAACACUAGGCUAACCCCUUAAAUGGUUAAAUUAUGAGGAUAUAUUAUUGAAGCUUUUUCUUACAGUCAAUGAUCUCAAACACCAUCUGGUAAUUAAAGUAAUGAAAUAGCUUAGCCUAGUGUUUAAUCUGUCCAUACAUAUUUGGGUGUAUGACCUCAGAGAAUUGUAUGUUUAGUUAGAAAUGUGGCAAUGUAAGGCCAUUCUACUGCCAAUGUUUGUGUAUGGAGAUUGCAUGGCUGUGUGCUCGAUUUUAUACACUUGGCUGUCAGCCAGAGGUGUGGCUGAAAUGGCCGAAUCCACUAAUUUGAUGGGGUGGCCACAUACUUUUGUGUAUAUAUAGUGUAUAUUCUUUUAUUUUAGAGGCGACCCCUCGCACCCCCCACAGUUUGGGAACCACUGCAUUAGGGCAUGGAAAUGGAUGAUUCUCAUUGAACAAGUCCAGGUAGUCCCUCCCUGUUUCAGUCCGUUUGCUUCCAUUCAUUGCCUAUUGAACAUGACCCUGCUGUCCAGGUGAUGGAGCUUGAGCGGACCCAGAGGCUGCAGGAGAUCCGGGCCAGGCUGGACCCACGGGCCGAGGCCAAGGUGAGGGACGGUGGCCUGUUCAGGGGAGGAGAGCUGCUCCGCAGGAGACUCAUCCAUGAGGGAAUGCUGCUCUGGAAGACCCCUGGGUCCAGGCUCAAAGGUGUGUGUGGGUUGAAGGGUCUGUGUGUGUGUAGAGGCUGAGGACAGGCUCUUUGUAAUGGCUUGAAUGGAAUGUAUGUAUCAACAGUAUCAAACACAUGGAAACCAGCCUCCACUAGCUUAAUUUGUCACAGAAGUUUGUAGGGGAUGGAACUAUCCCCAAAACAUGUUGCUUACCCAUGUUUUAAUGUUUAGAUGUGCAGGUCCUGCUGAUGACCGACAUCCUAGUGUUCCUACAGGAGAAAGACCAGAGGUUCAUCUUCCCUUGUCUAGUAAGUACACACACACAAGCAUACACACACUCUCUCUCUCACUCACUCACUCACUCACACUGACUAAUAAUUUACAUCAAACAAAAAACACUUGUGUGUGUAUAUAGAGAGACUUGUUUCGUCACAAUUGAAUAUACUGUAUGGGGAGGUCAGGGAAUAUAGCAACUCCCCUUCUUUCUCUCCUCUCCCUCGUUCUCUUUGCAGGACAAGUCUCCGGUCCUCUCCCUGCAGAACCUCAUGAUUAGGGAGAUAGCCAAUCAGGAGCGAGGGCUCUUCCUCAUCAGUGACUCCUCCCCUCCGGAGAUGUAUGAGGUCCACGCUGCCUCGAAAGAUGACAAGAACACCUGGAUACGCCUCAUACAACACACUGUCAGGAGGUAGACACAGACACACACACACACACAGACACACACACACAGACAGACACACACUGCUCAUAUAGUCAAAAUAUUUUCUGUCUCUGCAGUUGUCCUUCCAGGGAAGAGUUCCCACUCAUAGAGACUGAAGACAAGGCCCUGCUGAGACGACUGAAAGGUCAGCAAUGAACACACACACACCCAGUCAUACAGAUCUAUAUGUAACGUAGUGAUGGCACGAUUGCGCCGACAGACACGGCGGCCCUAUUUCUAGCUCCUAGCCAACUUUGCAGAAUUUCAUUUACUUUAUUUGCUCAGAACAUUUAUGGUAUCAUUUCCUAUAAUCGACAAGAUCUUUUGGACCACAAAUUUGACUUCCCAGACCUGAACCCUUUGUUUGGAUUAGACAGAGCCGCUCCAUUCAUCCUGGGUGCUCUACCAAAAAGAUGCUGCCAAGGAGAGGUAGGAGAGCUGUCGUUCUAGUCAGUCUCAGUAGGAGGCCAAACCACCCACCGCUUCCGAGUAUAUUACUUGCUAAUGUACAGUCUCUGGACAAUAAGUUUGAUGAGCUCAGGGCGAGUAUCUCCUUCCAGAAGGACACGAGAUUGUAACAUAAUUUGUUUUACAGAGACAUGGCUCUCCCCAGCUACACCUUCUCCGUCCAUACAGUCUGUUGGCUUCUCCGUACAUUGCGCAGACAGGAAGAUAGAAAAAAGGAAAAGCAAAGGUGGACAUGUAUGUUUCAUGAUUAAUAACUCAUGGAAACGGCUGAUUUUUAAUGGAAUAUCUACAUAGGCGUACAGAAGCCCAUUAUCAGCAACCAUCAGUCCAAUGGCACGUUGUGUUUGCUAAUCCAAGUUUAUCAUUUUAAAAGGCUAAUUGAUCAUUAGAAAACCCUUUUGCAAUUAUGUUAGCACAGCUGAAAACUGUUGUGCUGAUUAAAGAAGCAACUUUAAUCAGAGACUAGUUGAGUAUCAGGAGCAUCAGCAAUAGUAAUUGUGGGUUCGAUUACAGGCUCAAAAUGGCCAGAAACAAAGAACCUUCUUCUGAAACUCGUCAGUCUAUUCUUGUUCUGAGAAAUGAAGGCUAUUCAAUGCAAGAAAUUGAUCUCUUACAACGCUGUGUACUACUCCCUUCACAGAACAGCGCAAACUGGCUCUAACCAGAAUAGAAAGAGGAGUGGGAGGCCCCGGUGCACAACUGAGCAAGAGGACACAUACAUUAGAGUGUCUAGUUUGAGAAACAGGCACCUCACAGGUCCUCAACUCGCAGCUUCAUUAAAUAGUACCCGCAAAACACCAGUCUCAACGUCAACAGUGAAGAGGCGACUCCGGGAUGCUGACCUUCUAGGCAGAGUUGCAAAGAAAAAGCCAUAUCUCAGACUGGCCAAUAAAAAGAAAAGAUUAAGAUGGGCAAAAGAACAGACACUGGACAGAGGAAGAUUGGAAAGAAGUGUUAUGGACAGACAAAUCGAAGUUUGAGGUGUUCAGAUCACAAAGAAGAACAUUUGUGAGAUGCAGACCAAAUUAAAAGAUGCUGGAGGAGUGCUUGAUGCCAUCUGUCAAGCAUGGUGGAGGCAAUGUGAUGCUCUGGGGGUGCUUUGGUGGUGGUAAAGUGUGAGAUCUGUACAGGGUAAAAGGGAUCUAUCACUCCAUUUUGCAACGCCAUGCCAUACCCUGUGGACGGUGCUUGAUUGGAGCCAAUUUCCUCCUACAACAGGACAAUGACCCAAAGCACAGCUCCAAACUAUGUAAGAACCAUUUAGGGAAGAAGCAGUCAGCUGGUAUUCUGUCUAUAAUGGAGUGGCCAGCACAGUCACCGGAUCACAACCCUAUUGAGCUGUUGUGGGAGCAGCUUGACCGUAUGGUACGUAAGAAGUGCCCAUCAAGCCAAUCCAACUUGUGGGAGGUGCUUCAGGAUGAAUGGGGUGAAAUCUCUUCAGAUUAUCUCAACAAAUUGACAACUAGAAUGCCAAAGGUCUGCAAGGCUGUAAUUGCUGCAAAUGGAGGAUUCUUUGACGAAAGCAAAGUUUGAAGGACACAAUUAUUAUUUAAAUUAAAAAUCAUUGUUUCUAACCUUGUCAAUGACUACAUUUCCUGCUCAUUUUGCUAUAUUUCCUAUUCAAACUCAUUUCAUGUAUGUUUUCAUGGAAAACAAGGACAUUUCUAUGUGACCCCAAACUUUUGAACGGUAGUGUACCUCUCCAUCAAAUGCCGAUUACCUCCCAAGAGAAUUCUCAUCGGUUAUUGUCAUGGCCGUUUAUAUCCCCCCUCAAGCCGACACCACGGUGGCACUCAAGGAACUAUACGGGACUUUGAGCAAACUGGAAACCGCAUAUCCUGAGGCCGCAUUUGUUGUAGCUGGGGACUUUAACAAAGGAAAUCUAAAGAAAGUUCUCCCGUGGUAGGCCUGAUUACCAAAAAUGAUGAGACCGCCUACAGGGAGGAGUCUAGAGCCCUGGCGGAGUGGUACCAGGAAAAUAACCUCUCCCUCAACGUAAAAAACAACAACAAAGGAGCUGAAUGUGGACUACAGGAGACAGAAGAGGGAGCACGCCCCCAUCCACAUCGACAGGGCCGCAAUGGAGAGGGCCAAAAGCUUUGAGUUCCUUGGCGUGCACAUCACUGAGGACCUGAAAUGGUCCAACCACACAGACACCUUGCAUGGCCCCCAAGACCCUCACAAACUUCUACAGAUGCACCAUUGAGAGCAUUCUGUCGGGCUGCAUCACCGCCUGGUACAGAAACUGCACCUCCCUCAACCGCAUGGCUCUCCAGAGGGUGGUGCGGUCAGCCGAACGCAUCACCGGGGGCAAGCUGCCUGCCCUCCAGAACAUUUACAGCACUCCGUGUCAAAGGAAGUCCAAGAAGAUCAUCAAGGACCUCAGCCACCCAAGUCACUGUCUUUUCACUCUACUACCAUCUUGCAGACAGAGACGGUACAUGUGCAUCAAAGCCGGGACCGCGAGAUUGAAGAACAGCUUCUAUCUCCAGGCCAUCAGACUGUUGAACAACCAUCACUAGCCGUCUACCUGCUAAUCAAGUGUUUCCACAUAGGAACUCCAUAUUUCAAUUAUUCUCUACACUACCCUCUCUAUCUCUCUUCCUUUCUACCACUCCAUUGUUCUCUUUCUCUAUCAAUCCCUUUGACCAUAUCCAUCCCUUCCUUUUUCUCUCUCCACCUCUCCCUUUCAAUCUUUAUCUCUCUCCCUUCCCUUUGCAUUCCCCACCCCCCCAUCUUUCUUUCUCUCUACAUGCUGCGUACAGUACAAUGUGCAGUUCUCGCUCUGUGUGUAGGAGGAUAAGUGUGAAGCCUGACUCCUACUCAGGCCCAGUGGAGGAUCUCAUCAAACUCUAUCUAUCCAUCACAGCCUUUCUCUCUCUCAUUUUCACUCUUGCUCUCUCUCUCUCUGUCACUCUCUCUCAUUUUCUCUUUCUCUCGGACACAAUCUUUCUUGCUCACUUGUACUCCUGCACUCCCCUCUCCCUUCAUCCCCUUCUCUCGCUAUCUCUUAUAGCCAACAUCCAACUGAACAAUGUGUGAAUAGGAUUGCCCCCCACUGUUAAGUCAAGGUCUUAAGGAGAAGCAUCAUGUCAGCUUUUCCCUCUCUCCCCUUCCUCCUUCCCUCUUUCUCUCUCCCCUUCUCUCUACUCCAUCUCUCUUUCCCCCCUCCAUCCCUUCCUCCCCUCCAUCUUCCUCUCUCCACCUUAAUCUCUCCUUCCAGCGGAUAUCCAGCAGAAGGACCGGGAGGUGCUGGAGCUGCUCCAGGAGCGAGUCACCCUGUUCUCGGACCUGGCCGAGGUGACAGGGGGCCAGGAGGUCAUGCUGCCAGGGGGCCCCAACUCCCGGAACCUGUUCCGGGCCGACAUGCCCCAGGUGCCGCUCGGCGAGAGACUGCUCACCGAUGCCAUCGCAGAGGGUGAGGGGUUGGUGGUGGUGGUGGUGGGGGUGGGGGGAAGGGAGAGGGGGGGUGGGGGAGAAAAAGUGAAAAAGAGAGGUAGGGUAAUAGACGGAGGGAUGGAGAGCAAGUUUCUCAGUUUCAAGAAAAUCAGCACAAAAGCAAUAAUGGCAUUAUAAUACAUUUAAGUGUCGCUAUGCUCGUGCUUACAUGGUGUGCUUCUUCAUGCAAUGACAGCAGUUGGAGCAUGUCCAUGUCACAACGAGUUCAUUGCUGAUGUUGGUUUUUGCUUGAGAUGUAAGGUUUGCUCUCUCAGUGAUGACAUUUUGUGCUGAUAAUCGGCUCUUAGCAUUGUCACUGGCUUGUUCUAUCCAAAUGGUGCCGUCCCUUCCUUUCUCCUGUCUCACUGUUUCGUUUCACUACAGUUUCAUUUGGUGGUGGUGCGGGCACCUGCUCAGUGCGCACCGUUUUGGCUUUUUUGGCCUCUGAGGUGUAGGUUCAGACUGAGGCUCAGAAUCAGAAGAAAAAUCAUCAGAGAUGUCAUGAUAAAUUUCUUCCCCACCAUCUGAGUCUUUUCAUCCAGAUCUUGUAGCAGCGCUAACGCAGCAUGUGCAUCCAUUCGUCUUGGUCUUCUUGCCGUUGUAAAUUACGCACGCUCUCACUGUGUAUGUACUCCAAGUAGGCCAGAGUAGAUUGAUAAAACUGCUUGGAUUCGGUGGCCUGAUAUAGGGUAAAUACCAUUUUGAGAUUAUAAUUAGAAUAGAUUAGUAUAAUAGAAUGGCCCGCACUGUUCUUCAUUCAUAAUUGGUGAUUACAUAAUUAAUCAUUGUUCGCUUCCCCUCGCUCAUCAACUCACCCUUUCUUCCCCAUCAUACUUUACUUGUUACAUGUGUGAAAUUAGUUUAGGUUCAGUUGAGGCAAUUAUUGGGGUGAUUAUCAACUGGGCAUGGCACCUUCAUGUCGGAAGAAGGAGCGGAGCAGGCCCUACUGUCGGGAGAAGGAGUGGCAAUGGGGGAAAACCAUUCAACAAAUGACAUGCCCCUUCUAAAACUGGUUAUAACUCCAGUUCUGUUUGUGAUAUUAGAUUCUAACAACCACAGUGUGUUAUAUAGACUAUACCGCCAGCCGUUCCAUGUAUUUGAUCUAUUCCAGAGCUAGCACACCAGAUUCAACUUGUCACUGAUCAUCAAUCCCUUGAAUAGGUUAAUCAGGUGAGCGAGUUUAGAGCUACAACAAAAUUGGGAAACGUGUGAGAAACAACGAUUAUUAUAAGAAAAGUGUAUGUUCUGACACUGUAACCUUUACAAAAGAAAUGCUUUCGUUAUAGGUUUCACAUUGUUUUUAUAAGACAAUAUAUAAAAAACAACAUGAAAAUUACAUCUAUGAGUUUCCAUGGUUAAAAAAGCAAUAGGCUGGGCAGCACCUCCUACUGGACAGUUGAUUUAUCUACAGCUAUCCCUUUGGUCCCCCGUCCAGGGUUUUAACCAAGCCCAGCCCUGCUUAGUUUUUAUAUUUGUCACUGACUACUACCAAUGUGCUAUCGAGAGAAUCUUAACAGAUAAUUAUUCUACUUCUUCUGCCAUACAAGAUUCUUGUUAAUGUUCAUAAUUAUUUUUGUAUUAAUCUUGUUAGUGUAUUUGCUGCCAUAUGUAUUACUUUGUUAGAUUCUUCCAUAUAUUUUCCAUGUGGGUGGAGAUUUGACUUUAGGACCAAUGGAACGGUCUAAAAUUUGAAAACUCUACCUACACUGUGUCAUGGGUGAGCUGAAAUGAAUGCACCAUACAUUUUGUUAAGGCACUGAUGUUGUAUUGUAUGUCUUUGUGUCUCCCAGUGGAUAGGCUGAGUGAGUUACUGCUGGGCUCCACCUUUGAAGUGCCUCUGCCCUGCAGUUUCAACAGUCACCCGAACCACACGGGAGCACUAGUGAUCAGUGAGUGACUCCUCUGUGCCAUUGAUUGACAAGGCUUACAGUAGUCUAGUCUCCAUAGCACUGUGAGCAAUGACCAUUGAGUGACCAUUGUUUGUUUGUAGAUGGUCAGGAGGUGGUUCUCAAUGGAAUGCACAGGUGCCCAGCAACAAAGGUGAGGUCUUAAUAAUAAUAAUAAUAAUAAUAAUAAUAAUAGCAUGGUCAUUUACUGUGGUCGACCAGGCUUAGAACCAAGGUCUCCCAUGCGCCACAAUAAUGUGUUAGCUUGUUUAGCUAAAGCCAAGUCCUUAGCUUGGGAAGCUAACAGAAUUCUUCAGGUCCCAAGCAAAAUUACUCAUUGUAACAGUAACAGCAGCGUAUGUGAUGAGUCAAAAGAGUUAGUGCAAAAAGGGUCAAUGCAGAUAGUUAAUUAGUUAACCAAUAGCUACCCAGACUAACUAUUUGGCAGUCUUAUGGCUUGGGGGGUAGAAGCUGUUCAGGGUCCUGUUAGUUCCAGACUUGGUGCAUCGGUACCGCUUGCCAUGCGGUAGCAGAGAGAACAGUCUAUGACUUGGGUGGCUGGAGUCUUUGAAAAUGUUUUGGGCCUUCCUCUGACACCGCCUGGUAUAGAGGUUCUGGAUGGCAGGGAGCUCGGCCCCAGUGAUGUACUGGGCUGAACGCACUACCCUCUGUAGCGCCAUGCGGUCGGAUGCCAAGCAGUUGCCAUACCAAGUGAGGAUGCAGCCAGUCAAGAUGCUCUCAAUGGUGCAGCUGUAGGACUUUUUGAGGAUCUAAGGGCCCAUGCCAAAUCUUUUCAGCCUCCUGAGGGGGAAUAGGCAUCAAGCCCUGCAAGGGCAUGCUACUUUAAAAGAUGGCUAGUCAUUAUUAGCCUGGUUCUGUAUGGAAUGCAGGUACAUUAUGGGACUCAGGUCAUUAUUGGUGCGACCAAAUCAUGUGCCGAUGCCAUCAACUGAAGAAGUUAGUAGCACUAGUGCCACCAGUUGAUAAAGUUAGUCUAAAGUGAAAACGUGAAAACGUUUGGGAACAAAAAUUGUCCAUGUAGUCCCUCUCUGUUUCAGUCCAAUUUCUGUUUGGUGCCUAAUGAACAUGACCAAGGCUUUAUGUUUGAAGUUUCAAGUGAAGGCUUCCGUUAUCCGAGUCUUCCGCUCUCUGAGUUAUUAUAGCUUGACAGCUCUGUUUCAAACAGUGCCUUGGAGUAUCCAUGGCAACAUCCAUUUUUCCAAUCACCAUUCUUUUCUGAAGCCUGUUUGACAACUCUAUUCUGAAAUGUUGUGACAAUAACAUGAAUGUUUCACAAUGAAACCCUACUGGUUUACUUAGAAAUAUUCAUCAAAGUUGAAAAGUACACUGAACAAAAAUAUAAACGCACCAUGUAAAAUGCUGAAAUAAAAGAUCCCAGAAAUGUUCCAUUUGCACAAAAAGCUUAUUUCUCUCAAAUGUUGUGCACAAUGUUGUUUACAUCCUUGUUAGUGAGCAUUUCUCCUUUGCCAAGAUAAUCCAUCCACCUGACAGGUGUGGCGUAUCAAGAAACUGAUUAAACAGCAUGAUCAUUACACAGCUGCACCUUGUGCUGGGGACAAUAAAAGGCCACUAUAAAAUUUGCAGUUUUGUCACACAACACAAUGCCACAGAUGUCUCAAGUUUUGAGGGAGCUUGCAAUUGGCAUGCUGACUGCAGGAAUGUCCUCCCAGAGCUGUUUCCAGAUAAUUUAAUUUAAUGUUCUGAAACAAAGCUGAAAAUGUCCUAGUUCUUCCAUGGCCUGCAUACUCACAAGACAUGCCCCCCAUUAAGCAUGUUUGGGAUGCUCUGGAUCGACGUGUACGACGGCGUGUUCCAGUUCCCGCCAAUAUCCAGCAACUUCGCACAGCCAUUGAAGAUGAGUGGGACAACAUUCCACAGGCCAUAAUCAACAGCCUGAUCAACUCUAUGCGAAGGAGAUGUCGCGCUGCAUGAGGCAAAUGGUCACACCAGAUACUGACUGGUUUUCUGAUCCACACCCCUACUUUUAAAAAAGAAAAAGUUAUCUGUGACCAACAGAUGCAUAUCUGUUUUCCCAGUCAUGUGAAAUCCAUAGAUUAGGCCCUAAUGAAUUGAUUUUAAUUAACUGAUUUCCUUAUAUGAACUGUAACUCUGUGAAAUCUUUAAAAAUGUUGCGUUUUAUAUUUUUGUUCAGUAUAGUUUGUUACCAAACAUUUUUCACCUCCACCAAAGGAAUGGAAUUUCUAUUGUGAUAAGAAGCAAUUCUAUAAUACAAUCAAACAGUGAGUAAUUUGCUUCAUUUAAUGGCAUUUGGAAUCUCAAAAGACAGAAACCAAGUGAUAUGUCACGCCCUGACCUCAGAGAUCACCUGUAUUCUCUGUUUGGUUAGGUCAGGGUGUGAUUUGGAUAGAAUCUAGGUUAUUCUAUUUCUAUAUUGGCUGGGUGUGGUUCCCUAUCAGAGGCAGCUGUCGAUCGUUGUCUCUGAUUGGGGAUCAUACUUAGGCAGCCAUUUUGCCUACCUAUGUUGUGGGAUCUUGUUUCUGUUUGGCUUGUUGGAUGUUUAGCCUCUUGAACUUCACAUUCUGUUGGAUUUUGUCGGUGUUUAUAAUAAUAAAUGACUAUGUACGCAUACCACUGCACCUUGGUCCGAUCCUUUAUACAACAAGCGUGACAUGAUAUGAGGAUCAUACAGAUAUUUUUGUUUAAAGUAUUAUGUUUGCAUGAAAUUCUUAUCAGUUUACCUCUGUGGCAUUAAUUGGAGUUUCAUUUAUUUUAUUUAUUCUUACACCAAUUCAUCUGGUAUUGCUUUCUGACAUGUUGUGAAUAAACAAUAGUUUCAACUUGUUUAAGUGUAUAAUAUUUCAAAUUUCCCAGGACUGGAAUGGGAAUCAGGCUGGAGAUAGGCCCCCAACUGAGGUACAGUAGUAAAUGCUCACUGAAUCAACACUGUCUCAUAAUGAACUACUGUCACUUUAUCUGUACAUGGCUAACUAUUGUAUUCACUGAUGGUGUGUGUGUUUUUCAGGAAGUGUAUCAGAGGCUGGUCAACCUUAGUGCCCAACUUCAUGCCCUCCAGGUCAGUGGAUGCAUCUCUUUGUACCAGACCUUAGUCAAAUAUUCUUUAUUAUUUUCCUUCCAUUAUCUCACAGUUAACAAAAUGCAUGUAUUUUCUAUUGUGGCAUCUAUAAAUGGAUCCAGAUUUUUUUGGGGGUUGAAUUUAUAUAGGAUGAGCCAUGACUAGAAUACAGUAUAUACAUAUCAAGUGGAUGAAACUGUAUGUAAACACUAUUAAAGUGACCAGUGUUCAAUGACUCUAUGUACAUAGAGCAGUAGUCUCUGAGGUGCAGGGUAGAGUACCGGGUGGUAGCCGGCUAGAACACUAAGGUUUAGGGCAGGGGACUGGGCGGAGGCCGGCUAGUGGUGACUGUUUAACCUCUUAAGGAUCACACCCUUUUUUUCAAUUUUCGCCUAAAAUGACAUACCCAAAUUUAACUGCCUGUAGCUCAGGCCCUGAAGCAAGGAUAUGCAUAUUCCUAAUACCAUUUGAAAGGAAACACUUUGAAGGUUGUGGAAAGGUGUAAUUAAUGUAGGAGAAUAUAACACAUUAGAUCUGGUAAAAGAUGAUACCAAAAAAAUGUUUUUUCAUCUUAGAAAUGGCUACAUUUGAAUAUAAAAAUAGUUUUUUUUGAUAAAAUCCAUGCUACAGUCAUGCUAAUCACAUUAGCGAACGUUGGCUCAACCGUCCCGUAUACGCGACACCAAUCCCGUAGAGGUUAACAGUCUGAUGGCCUGGAGAUAGAAGCUGUUUCUCAAACCCCUGUCACAUGGACCAGUCUCCUCAUAUCUCCCUUCAUUCACUUGUAAUUUACUCUUACUCUCUUUUUCCUCUCCCAGGGCACUGUGAUCAAGCAGGACUCCAUCCUGGAGCUCUGCCUGCGUUCCGAUGGCCCGCCAGUCGAUGCCCCAACCACGCCCACCGGGCGGGUGUGGCGCUCCCUGUCACGUGACGCAGGCAUGGCCGAGGCCAGCACGGGGGCGGCCAUUGGGGAGCUGGCCCUGCUCCAGAGGCAGCACAGCCUCCUGCAGGAGGAGCUGGGUAGACUGCGGGGGGCCGAGGGCCGCCUGAGGGAUAGCGAAAAGGCCCGAACCCAGCUGGAGAGGCAGGUCCGCGACAUGAAGGCCCACAGUGCCACCAUGGUGGACAGCGUGGGAACUGCAGGCUCAGAGCAGGUAGAGCUACUCUCUGGCACUGUGGGUAGUUGCACUUAGCUUAACUAUAGGGGGGUGCACCUAUUCUUAGCCAGGUUAUUGUUGUAGAUGAGAAUCUGAUAAUGGGAAUAUGCUCUCAAUCAACUGAGUUGAGCUAAUAUAGGUUAUACAUUAGAAAUAAAGUGUCAAUAGGUGUCACAAUUGAUUUGGUUUGUCGUUCCACUUAACACUUGUCAUCUUGCCUAGGCUCCACCCCUUCGUAGAGCAAGUGAAACUAACGCAGACACCCAAUUGGCCAGCCAGCAGUCAAUCGCGCAUUCGGAGGGGCAUCAGGAUGUCAGUGAUGUGGAGGUGGAGGUGACGUCAGAUGAGGAGGAGGCCAAAGCGUCACCGCGCUCAGAGAGUCCCCGAGGUGUGUAAAUCUUCCGUUAGGCAUGUCUCUUGAUGUAAUAAGAUGAGUUUUGGGCAACCCUUCCCCCGCUUUUGUUCCAUGCUGGCUGAAGACCUAGCUAGCCAGUUGCUAGCUAACACCAGACACAGAUGAAAGUGCAAACCUAUAAGUAUCUAUGCCUUAGAUGAAUAGGAGAAACCUCUAAUUUGCUGACACACUGCAGUAAAGUUUUGGCACCAGGGGCCGGUUGCACCAGCCUGUGUAAAAAGGUUGGUCUUAAAUGCUAGGUCGGGCGUAGCUGCGUCCGACGUUGUGAUCAGAAUUUACACCUGUUGCACCAACCAAAAAUAAGACUAUUUGUAGCUAAAUCCAGCGUAAUGCGCAUUCAUGAGAUUAGAAGAUUCGUAGUGACGGUUGCUAGGCAGCGCUCAUUGCUUAGCUACAAUUCUAACAGCUAAGUUGAAUAGCACCGCUACAAACAGGAAGGAAAACUCAACCUGGAAGUAGUAAAGUAAAUGAGGAGAGUGGGGAGCUUGGCUGCAGGUCAGUGGAAGAGGUGCGCAAGAAAUGGAAAGAUCUCAUGACAAGCGCAAGAAAAGAUGCAGGUGAAGUCUUUAGUAAGGCCAUUCUACUGCCAAUGUUUGUCUAUGGAGAUUGCAUGGCUGUGUGCUCAAUUUGAUACACCUGUCAAUUUUAUACACCGGGUGUGGCUGAAAUAGCCGAAUCCACUAAUUUGAAGGAUGUCCACAUUCUUUUGCAUAUAUAGUGUAUGUGAUCGUAUACAAAUGUAAGCAAGGUUUUAAAUGAUUGUUUUAGUCAAAUAUUAUACCUGUUUGGGCUACUUGCAGUAAAUUUUCAGUUUACAAAUUAUUUCUAAUUAUAUUCUGGCCCCCUGACCAUCCGCUCAAGAAAAAAUUGGCCCACGGCUGAAUCUAGUUGAUGAUCCCUGGCCUAGACCUGUUGGCUACAUUUGAUUGAUGAUUUGAUUCCGGAAGAGUCAACCUCUGAUGUCGUCUGGACCAGCAGGUUCCCUAUGGUUUUCCAUGACCCUGUGCCCUGGCUCAAUCAUGGGAUGGGGCAGCCUCUACUCCACGCAGAUAUUAUGCAGUACCACUGUGGCAGCGAUAACAGUUCAGGUCCUCUCUGGUGCUAUUCUUAUCUCUCCAUGUAGGCAGUGGAACCUAGUGGGAGUACAAUGCAAUAAGACUGCGGUAACGCAACACUGUGUCCUAUUAUUCGGUAUCAUCUUAUGUUAUUUGCUGCAUGUCAUAGCCUAAUGAAAAAGUAAGCUACUAACCUGUGCUUCAGCAUCCCUAUGUAGCGCUCAAUAAGGCACCUCGCCUAGGCAUGAACAUUGUUGUACUCCCGCUCCUAGUCUGUCUGUGUGCCAACACUAGUGUCAUCAGCCACCUUUUUAGUGUCCCCCAGCAGGAUGCCACAAUAUCUAACCUCUUCAAACUCCCACUGGUGUGCGCUCUCUCGUAGGAUCUGAAUUUAAAAUGGAUUACAUUUAGAUGAUUUGUCACUGUCCUACACAUAAUACCCCAUAAUGUCAAAGUGAAAUUGUUUUUAAAAAUGUUUACAAAUUAAUUACAAAUGAAAAGCUGAAAUGUCUUGAGUCAAUAAGUAUUCAACCCCUUUGUUAUGGCUAAUGCAUAUAUAACUUUCUAUGAUAUAGUGCUCAAGGAAUGACAUUCCAUGAGAGAAACAUUAGCCUAGGGGUUGACAGCCGCUUCAAAUGUACCAUUGAAUAUUCAUCAACAAACACAUGAUACCCACAUUGAGGACUUGUAUGUAGGGAGGGAACUGGACAACUGUACAUGUCAAUCAAUGUCUGGGUGAUGAUGAGUUAAUGGUUUGCUGUUUGUGUAAAUGUAGCUACAGUGCCUUCAGAAAGUAUUCACACCCCUGUAUUUAAAAUGGAGUACAUUUAGAUUUAUUGUCAAUGGCACACAAUACACCAUAAUGUCAAAGUGGAAUUAUGUUUUUUGAAGUUUGUACAAACUAAUCUUGAGUCAAUAAGUAUUCAACCUCUUUGUUAUGGUAAGCCUAAAUAAGUUCAGGAGUAAGAAUGUGCUUAUCAAGUCACAUAAGUGUAGUCCCCUGUAGCUCAGUUGGUAGAGCAUGGCGCUUGCAACGCCAGGGUUAUGGGUUCGUUUCCCACGGGGGGCCAGUAUGAAAAUGUAUGCACUCACUAACUGUAAGUCGCUCUGGAUAAGAGCGUCUGCUAAAUGACUAAAAUGUAAAUAAGUUGCAUGGGCUCACUCUGUGUGCAAUAAGUGUUUAACAUGAUUUUUGAAUGACUUCUGUAAGGUCCCUCAGUUGAGCAGUGAAUUUCAAACACAGAUUCAACCACAAAGACCAGGGAGGUUUUCCAAUGCCUCACAAAGAAGGGCACCUAUUAGUAGAUUGGGAGAAAAAAAAAAGAAGCAGACAUUGAAUAUUCAUUUGAGCAUGGUGAAGUUAUUAAUGAGACAUACUCAUGUAAAUUUAAUUAUAGAAAAUGAUCAUCCAUUUUGAAUUCAGGCUGUAACACAACAAAAUGUAGAAUAAGUCAAGGGGUAUGAAUACUUUCUGAAGGCACUGUAGGUACUCAUGGUCAGAAGGGGCCUGUAUCUGGACAUGAGUACCGUCAAUGUAUCCGAUGAUGCUCGUCAUUGCCAUGAUCACCAGCAACUGUAGCAGUGGUUUCGACAAGCAGAGUUUCAGCGGCACUUGUUGUAGCAGAUGGUGCAUUCUUUUUAAACCAAUUUCUAAUAUCCAUUUUGACGGUAGCCAGGUCUACUGAUCACUGAGGCACACUUGUGUUUACCGAACACUCCACCCACUAUUAAUUUGAAAUGGCGGUAAAAAGAGACAUGGCUUCAUGAUGCAUUUAUGAUGGGUCUAAAACAGUCAAUCAUAAUUACUUGAGCCAUAUUUAACAUACAAAUAUUUUGGGGGGUAAUUUAAAUGUUAAAUGGGCUAAAUAUCAUAUAAUAGUCUUAUAGCAAAAAAUAAAUAAAUUACUUAUAAUUUAGAUACUGUACAUUUCAUUCAACCAUGCAUUUUAUUUGGAGGGGCCAGGAGGUAUUCUAUGGUAGGGUGGGCCAGGCUCCCUAAGGCCCGCCUGUAACGCCGGCCCUGCUGUAGAUCCUUUAGUUUUUCUAAACAUUUGCUUUAGUGUUGUUCAUGUCAGGGCUUUCAGUACAGAGCCAUUCUGUUAAAACAGCAAAAAGCUGCAAUAUACGAAAUAUAAAUAAAUUAUAACAUUCCCAAUAGGGGAUAUCCCCACUGCAGUAUCAUUAUACAGAGAUGUGCUUUAUCAGAGAUGAGCUCACCUCUGUCCUCUCAAUAAUGCUAAUGCAAGCCCACACACAGUUUUAUAUAACAUAUCUAUUUUGUGAUGAGGCACAAACUCUCUUUCUGGCACACACACACACACCAUCGCUGCCCUUCUCACCUCAUGUUCUCUCUGUGUGCAUGUGCGCAUGCGAACACCUCAUAUCUCUCAGCUUCUGUCAGUGUUAGGUGUGUGGGUGGAGAUGUCUUUCCAGGGCUAGUACUCAGCUCACUCAUUCUACUCCCUGAUGAGAAAUUACAGUGCUGGUGUCUCUCUCUCUCUCUCUCUAUGUAUGUAUGUAUGUAUGUAUGUAUGUAUGUAUGUAUGUAUGUAUGUAUGUAUGUAUGUAUGUAUGUAUUAUGUAUGUAUGUAUGUAUGUAUGUAUGUUGUAUGUAUGUAUGAUAUGUAUGUCUGUAUGUUGUAUGUAUUCUGUAUGUAUGUAUGUAUGUAUGUUGUUGUAUGUAUGUCUGUAUGUUGUUGAUGUACUGUUGUUGUCUGUCUUCUGUCUGUUGUCUGUUGUCUGUUGUCUGUCUGUAUGCCGUCUGUCUGUCUGUCUCUGUAUGUCUGUUGUCUGUGUCUGUAUGUCUGUCUGUCUUUGUCUGUCUUCUUCUUGUCUGUCUGUCUGUCUGUAUGUCUUGUCUGUCUGUCUGUCUGUCUCUGGGAUGUCUGUCUGUCUCUCUCUCUAUAUCUCUCUCUCUCUCUUCUCUCUCUCUCUCUCUCUUGUGUCUCUCUCUCUCUCUCUCUGUCUCUCUGUCCUGUGUGUGUCUGUGUCUCUCUCUCUCUGUACUGUCUCUCUCUGUCUUGUAUGUAUAGCUGACUUAAGAUAGGCUAGCAUCCAAGAUUACAUAUGCCAAAAAGCGUAUAAACGUAUGUGCCAGGAAAGGCACGCACUACACUAAUGAUCUGCAGCCCAACGUAACAAAAGAGAGUACAGUACGAUCCAGGUUUGCAUGAAAAUAACCACUAUUCUAAAGAAUCUGUGAUGAACAACUAUCUAUGGCAAUUAUAAUAAAUUGUUAAUUGGCUAAUUGUGUCUCUUUACUCAGAUCUUCAGGACAUUCCAGAGGAGAGCGAAGCCACAGCAGAACCACCACGAGAGCCUGACGUGUCACACUGCUAAUGACCCUCCAGAAACAAAGACUGGGCCCCACCUCCCCUACUCUCAAAAAUAGGCCGAAGAGAACAAGAGAACUGAACUUGAAAUAGUCUUCCUCUUUUUACACUAAAAAGGAAGUAUCAUUAAUUUUCAAAUAUAGAUCUAUAUGUUUGUUCUGUGGCUUUUGCUUUACAGUACACGACCAGUGGCAAUAUGUGACUUUACGUUAUAUUCUUUCGUAUUUCUCGCUUGGGAUUAUUUGGAUUUGUACUGCUCCCUUUUGGAAUCGAUGCUGGACCAAUGAGGACCUAUUAGAGUGGCGUGAAUAACAGGAAGGGAGUUAUGCAAUGAUAUUCCAAAGAAGAAUAUGCAAGAAAUGGACAGCAAAUAUAAAAGCAGUAAAUGGAUAACAAACCUGAUGGGUUUUGUCUAUUUAAUUGAAUGCGAUACUGCAUGAAUGAUAUUGGUUGGGUAGCUGCUUCUGUGCAUUAGGAUGUUGAAUGCGGACGUGUAUAGAUAGCAGUUUGUGCUGAGAGACACACAUACAAAAAUAUGACACGCAGAUACAAACAUGCACAAACACACAGUCAUACACGCUCACACACACACACACACUUGAGUCCUUUACAUUUCCAUAAUUAGGAUGAUCUAAUUCUCAACGCUGUUUAUGAUGCUAAUGAUUUGUUUAUUUAUUCUUCCUUCCUUAUUUAAGCAGGUAAGUUAAGACCUCAAGCAUUAGUGACUGUAUAAGAAGUAGAGGUAGCACUGUAUUUUACUCUCCCCUAAUUAUCAUGUUUUUACUUAGAAACCACAUGGUAACAGCAUAAUGACAUAAUUAUUAUUCCAAAAUGACUUACUGGUUUGUGGGUUCAUUUCCUGUAGGGAUCACAUACAUAUACUAUACUUUAAAUGUAUUUGCUUUUGUGGCACACAUAUAUUACUUGGGGAUUCUUCGUCACAAAUAUAGGAAAGUGACAAUUGUUAACAAUUCAUUUCAAGUAAUUAUCAGAAAGAACUACUAAGUAGAUACCUGGCAAUAAGGGAGAAUGAAAUAAAGUUUGACCUAAAUGGACGAAAAUAGUCCAAUCACUAUAUGGCUCACUACAGGUGCAACCACAUAUAAGCAGUGUAGUUUACAAGUUUAACUCCAGUGGACUUAGUUGACUAUAUAUAUAUAUAUAUAUAUUUU